AAGCAGGCUGCAAGGCAGUCAGAGAAGAAAAACAGAUGAGAUUUCAAUGAGGUGUUGAAGUUUGUGUUAGAGGAGAAGGUGCUGAUAGGGCCUCCAUGAAAAGGUGAAAGUGCUGAGAGGCAACCUGUGCAGACUCUGGGCUGUGUCUCACUUGACAACUGCUGCUCAGACACAUAAAGAUGGACUUCAGGUGAGUCCAGGUGAGGAGAUGACAGGUAUCUGGCUGGAGGACAAGGCAUGUACUGCUCUGUACAGUUUGCCAGUGAGGUACUUUAAUAUCAUUUAACUGGUGGUGGUGUUAUCCUUUCCUUGACUAGCAAAGAAUGGGUUAAUCAUCGUGGUACGAUGCUCAGUUCUGUAGUCAAUCCUGUCAGGAACUAGCAAUUAAAGAGGCAGUCCUGCCUAAUAAGAGAACGGACUACCCUGACAUGUUUAAUAGCUAGCACUAUGCCUUGAAUAGCAUUCAGAGAGAACUGUAGAUGUCAGCUUGUUAAUUAGAUUUUUAUACUUAUAGACUGCAGGUAAAUCUGUCCUUUAGAUAUGUAUGUGCUAUUUAUUUGCAUAUGAAGCUAAUAUAAAGCUACAUGGUGUGAAUGAUAAACAAGCAUGUCUGAUGUGAUUGAACCUAGGCUCCUUUACUAAAUUGCAUGUUGUGGCGGUGAAAUAUCGAAAUUAUCCAGCUGGGGAAAAAAUAGGUAAUUGUGGAGAAUAUUUCUAAUUUGGUUAUUAAACGGUUCAGUGAAUGAAUGCAUCUAGUGUUUCACAGAUACCGAUAUAAAUCGAAUUAAUUACACAAUGGUUUCUGGAAUCUUCAUAAAUAAUCCACUGAAUGCAACAUUGGAGGACUCUCUAAAGUUUACAUCCCACUCACCUACUGAUUAAAUCAGGGCAGUUAAGAAUAGAUAAAACAUUAUUUAAGCACAGAUAAAGUGUCCCUUUAGGACUCAAAUGGCUGGACACGUCCUUUAAAUCUCUUGCAUUCCAUACCCUAUCUAGUGGCAGUAGCAAUGGCAGUGCAUAUAGUUGUGAGGUCAGGAUUUUCUAGAUCCCUAUAAACAAUUAAUGGCUGGCAAACUUGGCUCAGAGUUGACCGAAUAAAAUAUGUUUCCUUUUCCAGAAGAGGCAUGACGAGUGGAUGCAGCAGGCAUUAACAUGAUGCCAGCCAUGAGAGGACUUCUAGCUCCUCAGAAUACCUUCUUAGAUACCAUAGCGACAAGGUUUGACGGAACACGUGAGUAUUAUUAAUUAUAUUGCUAAAACUCCUGCAUCUUUCUCUGUCUCACGCAAAGCCUUUUAACCUGUACACACUUAAUAGCACGGCUACACUGAUUAAGAAUAUCUGCAUAUAAACCAUUCUUAAGCAUCGGAAAAAACAAUAUUUAACAAAAUAAAACAAUACAAAAAAGUAGUUUCUAACAAUGAUUAUUAACAAAACAAAGCAACUAUUUAAAAUAUUUUAUGUAUGAAAAUGGCGUUUCUCAAAUAGAGGCUGCAUGCUGUCCCUGUCCCCCUAGCACUGCGAUGUAAAACAUUGCCAUUGCCAUUUUAGAGAACCUGAAAUGUUAACAUUGCCGUGUUAAGACUGCAUCUAGUGACGGUCUACCAGACAGCCACUAGAAGCACUUCAUGCAGUUUCACAGAGUUUGACUCCGUAAAAUUACGCUGAAUGUCCUCAAGCUGUACAUGAGGAUAUCCAGCAUCAAGCAAAAGCCCAUAGGAAAGAAUUAAUAAAAUGCAUUCCUAUGGGUAAAGUUUAUUGCAUGCACUGCCUUUGCCACGUAUGUGGGGCAGGGGCAGUGGCAGAACUACCGCGGGGCAUGGGGAUCUCUUAUCUUAACUUUGUGGACCAUUCUUUCUAACAUGCAGUCAAACAUGACAUUUAACAAACUCCAGCCAGUUCAGGUAUUUCAAAUGUUCCAGCUCAAACACAUGGUGCAACUAAUGAAGCCCUUGAUUGUGCUUGAGACAACAUCUGUUUUGCAUAUUUGUGCUUUUGUGAGGGAUCUUAUUUAGGGGCUUGAAUAAUUUUGAGACAUUAUAAGUGGUAUUUUUAGUUGAAUUCGGGGAAACCAUUUGAAGUAUUUGUUGUGUUGAGCUAUUAUAAUUGCUUUUGUUUUAUUUGUUCAUUGCAAACAACUGUAAGUCUGUUAAAUUUGACAAUAUACCUGAUUUUCAAUAGGAGUUGAAUAAUUUUCAUUACAACUGAAUGAGUCAGUUUGCUUAUAUAUGUGUAUCUGUGUGUGCCUGUAUGCGUCAGUGUGUAUUUAUGUAUGUGUGUGUGUGUAUGCAUCAGAGUGUGCUUCUGUAUGAGUCAAUAUGUCAGUGUGUGUGUAUCUGUGGGUCUAUGUGUAUGUAUAUCUAUGUAAAUAUGUAUUGUGUCAGUGUGUGUAUCUGUGUUUGCGUCAGUGUAUGUGUAUCAAUGUAAAAAUGGAGUAUGUAGCAGCAUAUGUGUAUAUGCGCAUACAUGCUAGCAAUGAAACGCCAAUAGUACAUGCAAACAAACAUAAAAUAAAAACACACUCCUGCAUUAGAAUGCCAAAAAUAUAUACAAACAGCCCUUCUUUUAAGCACCAACACUACACACAAAAGUACACCAGCAUUUAAAAGCCAACACUACAUACAAACACACAACUGCAUUCAAACGCAAACAUUGCACAGAAAUACACCUCUGCAUUCUAAUGGCAAAGGUACAUACAAAUACACCCCUACACGCACACACAUACUCCAUACAAGAACAUGAUUACAUUCAACAAACACACAAGCAUUACUCCAAAAUACAACCCUGCACAGAUGGGGAAAUGGUAGAUCCCCAGCUGCUAUAACAUUGCAUGAGACAUGUGGAUCUUCAGGAAAAGAAUCCUAACUUGAAGGGGUCCCAAAAGGUGGCCUGUGUGACAUAGAGGCUAUUUCUCCUUUGGAUGGUCUCAUCUCUAAUUCACAGUAUAUGGUGUUAAUUUGAUGUCGGAGCACAGAACUGUCUCCUCAACACUGUCCAGUACUGUGUUAUUUCUUUUUGUUAGCUGUCAUCUGGCUCAAUCUUAUGUGUACGAAGGUUGUCCUGAGCUUACUAUUACUAUAAAAAUUGACCACAGUGCUUAAAGCUCAUUGUUUCACAAAUCCCUGUUAAUGCUCUUGAUCCUAAAACCGGUACUUUAUUAAAACACAGUGAAUACAGAUUUCGGGCAUGAUUUUGAUCUUUGAGCUUUAACUUUGCCAUAUUGCAGGUUCAACUUUUACUUGUGCACUGACACCGAGCUUUAUAAAGCAACACUAGUUUUAUUCAGUGAGCACCUCCUUAAUUAUAUGUUUCAUAUUCCCUUUCUUUAACAACUGCUCUCGAGAGCAGUCUCUAGUUAACUAGGUUCAUAUUCAUAUAAUACAAGAGAAAAGACGUGGCAGCUCAUGCAGAACGCAUGGACUAUUAGCUCUGUGGGCUUCUGUCCUCCCCUUUGUACGAGCAAGUGAUGAUAGGAAAGGCGUUGAGCCAGCAGUAAUAAUACUCUUUGAGAGCUUUGUCAUUCCUCUGGGACAAGACCAGAACAUGGUAUUUAAACAAAACAAAUGCAAUGUCUGGCAAAGUCAACAACAAGAAAAUAUUGUGGUCAUACAACAAGGCCAGAGAUAUGCAUACAAACAUGUCUCAGCGUCUGUUCUAAGAUCUGCACAUUAAUACACUAUGGUAACAAUAUUGCACAUCUGGUUGGCUAUAAAAUAUGGAUUGUGUAGGCCACACUGACUUUUGGGCAUUAAAGGUCACAUUUAUCAAAGUAAAAGCAGGUCAUAUUCAGAAAGAAAGGGCAAAACAAGAAGCAAUUACCAUGGAAACCAAAAUAGUGUACCUUGUAAAACAAUAUAAUGUUUUCUGUGUUGAUUAAGUGAAUACAAUCUUUAAUCAAGAGUGCAAAUUACAGUGGACUAUGAUCAUACCAGUAUGUUUAUUUCUUUGUCACUGUAUUUUUGUGGUAAAUUACUAAUUUCUGCAAAAAUCAGCCCAGACACUUCUAUCUAUCUAUACAUUAUUGUAUUUUGUGGUUUUCAAGAUGGUGAACGCAUUCCAACAUUUACAAUUGCUAGAUCUUGUCUCCCCUAAAAAAAAAAAUAUAUAUAUAUAUAUAUAUAUAUAUAUAUAUAUAUCUUCUUUUUUUUUUUAAAUACUUGCCAAUGUAAAGCUAGAAAUUGCAGAGCAGUGUGCUGUAAUAUUGCAUUGGACAUAUUGUGGACUACAUUUCCCAUAAUGCUUAACCUUUCAUACAUAUGAAAAUCAAUGGAAAUUAAGCCAAUGUUUUCGCAAGAUUUACAAUAAAUGCAGCAACAUCAGGAUUACAACACCACCUAGCAAACAAAAAAAAUAUUUUCAGCACCUUGGACAGGUCACUCAUUUACCCUUUUUUUUCCCUUUAACAGUGUAGGUUCCUCUCUGAUUAGCAUCAACUCUAAAUAGGUAACAGAUAAUAACUCCUCGUGUUCACCAAAAUAGUAGUGACAAGCGAGCAGCAUUUUGUUAAGUUAUCAGUGUUUUCAAAUGUGAAUGAGACGCCAAUAAGAAUCUAAAUCACAUUGUGUAUUAAACAUGGGACUUCAUUUAUAUAAAGUUUUUUUUAUGCCAAAGAGGUACUUUAACUUGUGCCAAAACAGCUCUGAUGCGCCCGAGGCAUGGACUCCACAAGACCUCUAAACGUGUCCUGUGGUAUCUGGCACCAAGACAUUAGCAGCAGAUCCUUCAAGUCCUGUAUGCUAAGUGGGGCCUUUAUGGAUCGAAUUUGUUGUUCCAGCACAUCUCACAGAUGCUCAAUUGGGUUGAGAUCUGGGUAUUUGGAAUCCAAGGCAACACCUUAAACUCUUUGUCAUGUUCCUCUAACCAUUCCUGAACAUUUUUUUGCUGUGUGAAAGAGUGCAUUAUCCUGCUGAAAGAGACAGCUGCCAUCAGGGAACACCAUUGCCUACCCAUCACUAUUAUGCUGUUGUCAAAGUCACUCAGAUCUUUUCGCUUGCCCAUUUUUCUUGCUUCCAACACAUGAGAUUCAAGAACUGACUGUUCACUUGCUGCCUAAUAUAUCUCACCAUGGGCCGGUGCUUCCAUUAGGCUACUUAGGCAGUUGUCUAAGGCGCCAGUUAACAAGGGGCGCCUACUGAUAUCCAGCGACUGUGCUAGCCUGAACUGGUAUGUUAGUUUGCCUGGAGAAGACUGUUACAUUACUCUCAGUGCUGUCCUACCUGCAUCUCCUGGCCACUAGGUGUAGGCAGCGCGAGACUGUAGCUCCCUCCCCCUAAACUGUGCAUGAGCGGUCAGAACAUAACAUGGGGGAGUGUGAUGUAUCCAUUACAAUCAUGCAGCAGUGAGCAAAGACUAUGAAGUUUGAUGUGUGUGUGUGUAUGUGUAUAUGUAUAGAUGUAAUAUAUAAAUAUAUUUAAUUUUUUUUUGGGGGGGGGGGGAUAUUUAGCAUACAUGAAUAUAUACGUUCAUUAUUUACCUGAAACCUUUCUCACUAUUUUGAGACAUGAGUACUGCUUGUCAUGCUUACCCAUUCCGGAGCUCCCCGAUCCAGCGGCGGGUCAGAUGCUGAAUGCUAUGCAUGCAUGUCUAUUUGUAUAAAGUCGCACCAAUGUCACAAUGGCACGACUUUAAGUGCCAAAUCGUUCUGCAAGAACAAGCCAAAAUACCCAAAUUCCUCGUUCAGCCGAAUUCAGGUUCUUAGGUGCUCCAGAGUUAUGCCAACCAAUAAUGUUAGUGACCUGGCUAUAUAAAGCCAGGGAUUUCUGUAGCAAGUUGCCCAAGAGUGCGCUUUAUUGUAUUUUAGAUUUCUUGUUGCUUGUUUAUUCAUCUCUCCGAUCUCUGUGUUCCUGACCUUGGUUUGUUUCUCGUUUAUGCUGUUUUCUCCUACACUUGACCUUGACUUUCUCUCUGACUCUGACUCUUUACUUUAAAUCCGUCCAUUCUAAGGCCCGGUAAUACAUGGUAAUUAUCUCUUCAGCAGAUUAGGGUCUGUGAGUGUUGGGUUCUCCUGUCUAGCCAUGACACUGCUCUUAUCAUUUCUAGAGCUCAUGCGAAAAAAGCAAACAACUGUGUUAUCCGAUAAUUAUAAGGGCCCAUUUAGUAAAAACUAAGUAUGAUGUGAUAAUAUACAUAUAUUUAGGCAAUACAUUCGAUGAUUGCUGUGUGUGUACGCUGUACUCAUAAAAUAAAUAAAUUAUAUUUUUAAUGUUUUGUAGUCCUUGAGACAUCAGAACUAUAAAUAAAAGCAAUCUAACAAUUUGGAUCGAUUCUAAAAAUAUAACAUGAUUCACACUUGCAUUUUGUACUGCCUGGUUGCCCCGAUUUCUGUGAAAUCUGAUUCAUUGCCCUGACAUCUGCUAUAUAUGAAUAUUUAUUACGCAGUUGCUUAUUACAUAUCUUGGUCUAAUCACUAAACCUCAAGAUGUGGUGCUCAGAGACCCACUUCCAAACUUUGGGACAAAACAGCCAAGCUGAAUAAAAAUCAACAAAAUGACAGGUUAGUUCUCAGGUCAUUGCAGCUUGGUUUUUAGCAAAUAGUUAAAAAAACACAAAACCAUAACAUAUUUAAUUUUUAGAGAACUUACAAGGUCAUUAUCUGUUUUAACAGGAAUAUCAGUAUUUCUUUUACCUUUCUGUCCCAAUUGCUGAAUAAUAUUCAAAAUCCAAUAAACCUUUUGUAGAUUGAGAGUGAGUAGAGUUUGAUUUGCUCCUGAAAGUUUAGAGGAAAGGUUUGAGAUAAUGUGGAAAUGCGGUUUUGUGUGGGUUAUUUACUAAACUGUGAAUUUUAAAAAUUAGAUCAAAAUGGCACAACUGAAUUGGAGAAUGUUUCCAAUAUGGGAAUUGUUUUGUUUUUUUAAAGUAUUAAUUAUUUUGGGCAAAAACAAUGACAUUUAUUUUGAAUCCUAAAGACUGUAAGCUCGUUUGAGCAGGGCUCUCUUCAACCUAUUGUUUUUGUAAUUGUCUCAUUUAUUGUUAAAUCUCCCCCUUUGAUAAUAUUGUAAAGCGCCAUGGAAUAUACUGGCACUAUAUAAAUACCAGUAAUAAUAAUAAUAAUAAUAAUAAUAAUAAUACCUGAUUAUUCACAAUUUAGUGCAAUAAUUACAGACUAAAUUUCCAGCAGAUAUGCUAGAGCCAAAUAACAUUUUUGGAGAGCGGCGUUGCUGUUUAGAGCAAGAAAUAAAAUUUGGAAUGUUUACAUUAUAGAAGCAUGAUGGGACACUUGGUAUCUAUCCAAAUUUAGGGGUCAACUCUGAGCAGUAUUAGCUUAAAUAAGAACUUUCGCAAUUUAGUACUUGAGGAGUGAAAUACGUUUUAACCUGGUCCAACACAUUUGUUAUUUAAAAAAAAAAAAAAACAACCACAAAAAAAGAACAAAAAAACACAAAACACAGUUACAUUUUAUGUUUGAUGUGAUGCCCAGUGCCACACAAUGCACACCAUGUUAUUUGUUUGGUCCCAGUCUACAUCCACUGGGUGCAAAAACCUUUCAGAUAAUGCCCAACUAUAUUUAUGUGUUAUUUGCAGUUACGCAAACUUAAUUAGCGCAAGACUCUUCACAUGGACUGUGCUGUUAGAAUCUGCAAUGCUUGUAGUUUAAAUAAUCGUUGAUCUAUCAAUGGCUGUCUUCUGAUAUUUUAAAUCAACUUUUCCAUAUAUCUUUUAAUAGUCAUUGUCUUUUUCUCUCUUAUAGACAGUAACUUUGUCCUUGGCAAUGCUCAGUUGCCCCAGUCUUUUCCUGUGGUUUACUGCUCUGAUGGGUUCUGUGAGCUCACAGGGUUUGCUCGAGGUGAAGUCAUGCAGAGGUCCUGUGCAUGUACAUUCUUAUAUGGACCAGAGACAGGAGAGCAGGUCCAGCAACGUGUCAAGGAGGCUCUAAAUGAUAAACAAGAGCUCAAGACAGAGUUGUUGCUUUACAAGAAAAAUGGUGAGUAAAUAUGUGUGCUAUGAAACAGUAAGCUAAAGUGAAAAAACGGUCACCCCCAAGGGUGACUGGUGGUGUGUCUGUGAACAAACCAAUAGGGGGUAGCCCUCACUUAAAGUGUUUGAACAAUAGAGAAACAGACCCCAGGAGCACUAGGCCGCCCAAGGUCAAUGGGUUAGUUUGCCACAACUCACUGUAUUGAAAUUAAACUUUAUUAAAUAACUGCAAAUAAUUGUGAAAUAAAUCCAUACUCAAAACCAAUAAGUGAAAAAAAAUGAAAAAAAUACAAUAAAAACUCAUGACAGGCUGAACAGACCUUCAGGGUCAGCACUAAAGGCUGAAAGAGCCACCUGACUGGUGGGGAAAAUUAACCCUGGUCUAAAUAGACAGCUCAUAUACGGUAUAUAACAAUACACAAAGCACUGGGUGAGCCAGACUAGGAGAAAGAAGAAGAAACUCUAAAGGUGCAAAUACCUUCAAUUGUAAUAAUUAAGAUACUAUUGAGUAGCACUAUACACAGCUGCUAAGGCACCAUAAUCAGUGUCAAGGAUGUAGAAAUGAUGUAGCUAAACAAGUAGAUACUUGUAAUAAUAACAAAGUUGCUAAAUGUUAGAUAACAUAAAAACACACCGAGUCGGAAAGGCCAUCACUACAGUGAAUCCGUGCAGCUUCGUUAUAUGUGCAACAAAGCUAAACACUGAUGAUCUAGUACACUGUAGAGUGCAAUAACCCAGAUACAAUGAAAAUUAAGCACUUAACAGCGCAUUCCUGGUGGUCUGACAAACGAGUCAACGAGAUGGGGAGGAUAGACACCGGCAGAUGGUAACGAUAAAGACCUCUCCGACUCCCUCCUCUAUCUGGUUCCUAGGUGGAUUUUUUGGGUCUUUUUGUUUUGUAAAUUUAAUGUUUAUUGUUACAGAAUAUUUAGCAAGGACAAAAUAAAAUAAAGCAGGUUAUUGUAUUUACUGGACUGAUAUAACAGAUCCAAACACAUAGCUAGAUAUGUCAAUAGGUUGGAGAUCUUAAAACACAUGGACAAUAAAUAUCAUCAACUAAAAAUACAUUUUAGUAAAAACCAAAGAAAAAAAUUACCUGCGCUCUUUCCACAUCCCUAUGUAUUUUUAAAGAAAUUGAGGUUUUUAGUUAUUUUUAUAUAUAUUUUCCCAAUAUCUACAAACUAGGCAGGGAUAGGCAACCUUCAGCAUUCCAGAUACUGUGGCUAUAUCUCCCUUGAUGCUUUGCCAGCAUAAUGUCUGUCUGUAACGUAGUCCUCAACAUCUGGAGUGCAGGAAGUUACCUACCCCUCAAGUAGGCUGUAGUGUCUUGUAAAGUCAUGCAAGCUUCGUCAUUCUCUUCACAUUGUAUUUAGAGGCAUUUAAAAGUUGAGAAUGUCCAGGGUUCAGGAAAGAUCAUUCCCGAGAUGUGCUCUUUAUGGAAAGGAGAAGAUAUGUUUUCUUUCCUAUUAGACUUGCUAGUCCUAGUUCUGGAAUGUUUGAUGCAAUCUACACACAAGUGUCAGUUUUUUGACAGUUUUUCAAUACAUUACAUUAUGUGUGUAUGUCAAAGGGUGAGAUAUAUAUAAGGUAGAAAGUGAACAGUCAGAUCUUGAAUUUCAUGUGUUGGAAGUAGGAAAAAUGGAGAUGGGAGUGACAGCUAGGACGGCUAGGUCAGAGCAUCUCCAAAACAGCAAGUCUUGUGUGUUCCCGGUAUGCAGUGGUCAGUAUCUAUCAGAGAGGGUGCAAGGAAGGACAACUAGUCAGCUGGUGUUGGGUGUCAUUGGCACCCAAGGUUCAUUGAUGCAUGUGGGGAGCAAGGGCUAGCCCGUCUGGUUCAAUCACACAAAAUAAUUGAUGUUGCUCAAAUUGCUGAAAAACAAGAUAUUCAAAUACACAGUGCAUCACAGUUUUCUGCGUAUGGGGCUGCUUAGCCACAGACCAGACAGAGUGCCCAUGAUUAUUAUUAUUAUUAUUUUAUUAUUUAUAUAGCGCCAUGAUGAUCCAUGUCCACUGCUGUAAGUGCUUUUAAUGGGGAUAUGAACUUCAGAAUUGGACUAUGGAGCAAUGGAAGAAGGUUGCCUGGUCUGAAUUACAUUUUUUUUUAGAUGAGGUGGAUGGCUGGGUACAUGUGUACCAUUUACCUGUGGAUGGCAGCAGAAUGCACCAUGGGAAGAAGGCAGGUUGUGGAGACCGUGUUCUGCUGGGAAACCUUGGGUCCUGGCAUUCAUGUUUGUUACUUUGACAUGUACCAGCUAACUAGAGGUUGUUGCAUACCAUGUACACCCCUUCAUGGCAAUGGUGUUCCCUGAUGGCAGUGACCUCUUUCAACAGGAUAAUGCACCCUACCACACUGCAAAAACAUGUUCAGGAAUUGUUUAGGAACAUGACAAAGAGUUCAAGAUAUUGUCUUGACCUCCAAACUCCCCAAAUCUUAAUUCAAUUGAGCAUCUGGAUGUAUGGAAGCCCCACUAAGCAACUUGUAAGACUGAUGCUAAUGUCUUGGUGUCAGAUUCCACAGGACAUGUUCAGAGGUUUUGCGGAGUCCAUCCCUUGAUGCAUCAGAGCUGUUUUGGCAGCAUGAGUGGUACCUACACAAUAUUAGACAAGUGGUUUCAGUGCUGUGGCUGAUCAGUGUAUGUGUGUGUGUGUUUUUAUAUAACAUACAACAUCUAGUGCACUCACUUAUUCAUUAAACAGCUAUUUCAAAGCUCACAGAAUACAAUAGUCUUCUUUAAAAACAUUUAAAUGGACAAAAAUAAUGGUGUUUUUUUCACAGUAUUUGAUCAUUUAUUGCAUAUGCCUGUCACAUAGUCCAAGUACCCGAUCCUUGGCCAGUCCUAUCAUAGGAGGAUCUAUCAGGUGUGUGCAGCCUGUUUGGUGUAUGUGUGUAUGUAUGUAUAUAUAUAAUAUUUGGGAGUCUACGCCACCUCCACCUGUCAUAGAUGCCUAAUUCUUAUAUUGGCUCCCAAUAGUCCCAGCAUUUGGCAGGACAAUUACUAUUUUGGGGUCCUGUUUCUACAUUCCCAAUUAGUUCAUUGCGAUAUACUUUCAGCAAAGUAAAAGUCAGAAAGUGGUAUUCUCACAAUGAAAGAGUUUAUAUAAAAAUUACAAAGGAACCUGCUAAUAGAUGCAGAAAUCCAUUCAAGGAUAAAUCAUGGUUCCAUUUAGAUUUACUUGACAAGCUCAGUAAUAACCAAAAUUGAUUCAAUUCAGAAGCAAAACAACUAAAUUACUGGUCGAUAAACUUUUUCUGUCAGCAAAUGGCUUAUGAUAUAUAAGCAGCUCGAUCUUGAGCAGCCUCAUUCUGUGGUUCUUGAAAUAUAUAGUACAUCCCUCUGCUACUUUCAAUGUGAGAUCACACUGAUAUCCCAGCAAAAUAAUUAUCAAGCUCAGAGAUGAAUGUGUUUGUACCCAAAAUGCAUUUCCCAAGACAUCUCAUUUCACCAAAAGAUUGUGAGAAGGACUAUCAAUCCUACUUUAAUACGUGUACUCUGUGUGUAAUGUCUCCUGCAAUAAAGAGCAUUUAUUGACCCAAAGUCUCCUAUGCUGCCUUCUUACACGGUGUUCAGAUAGAUUUAGGGAAUUCAUUCACAGCUGUCUGUUUCUCAGACUUUAAAAUAAUUUAUUGUUUUCAGGUGUGAUGCACUUACCUCAGCAGAAGGGAUGUAUUUUGUAGAUCUAUGUUUGACGUGACUAUCCUACCCAACUAUUUUAGUUCAGGAAUAAACCGUCAGAAAUGAUGUAUUACUGGACCUUAGAAUAGCUGGGUUUAACAUAAAAAUGAGAGAAAGCGUAAAACAAGUCAAGAUCAUGGUACCAGAAAUAUGGAAAUACGAUUUAACUAGCCAAAUCAGGAUUAAAGAAAUCAGAAGGGUAAGUGUAACAAGUCAAAAUUGAAAAACCAGGAAAUCAAGGAACAAUAUAACACACUAUGCUAGGAACCAAGAGGGCAAUGACAAAUGGCGCAAAACUUUAUUUAAACCCUAUGGUGGACACUGACUUGCCACAUCACCUCUGUGACACGAAAAAGUGCUGGAAUGUGGUCGCUGUGAUGACGUGGCACUGCCUAUACGAUAUUUUAGCAUGAGAGGUUGGUGAGAAAAAUUACUCUUAAAGCUAGCAGGUACCCUGAUAUAUAUGUCGAAAAGAAAAGAGAAACUUAAAUUAUAACAUUAAAAGUAGCUUCAGCAAUUCAUUACGAUAUUUGAUUGGUUGGUAGUUUAGUUUGCAUGUGCAAUGGGAAUCAUGUUGGGUAAACUCCUGGGAUAUUCAUGGUUAUGUGGAAACCCAUAUACAAAAAACAUACCUAACUAGGUCAUUGCAUGUUAAACAUUAAACUAUUAAUAACAUAAUGUAAAAGUAGAAGAAAGAGAAAAUGUAAAACAUGUCAACAAAUAUAAUGCUUGAUUUAAUCAAGUGGCUCAGGUCGAUGUGCACCCAGUCUCUCUCCACUCCUGGGGAUAAAGGGUGCUGUUCUCUCAGGAUCCCAAGUGUGUGGGGCUGAAUGGGUUGCAAAGUUGAAGGUGGUGGUGGUGGGGAGGGUUCGGGGGGGAGAAAUGAGGCGGCCUCAUUCAAUGAAGUGAGUCUCAGCAUAUUGCCCUCCUUGAUGACAGUGAGGGAUCUUGGCAAAGGCCAGCAAAACUCCACUCCAGCCUGACAUAAUUGGCUUGUAACAAGGCCAAAGGACAUCCUCCAUUGUAAUGUAUUUCUCAUCAGGUCCUGAAAGAACAUCAACUAGGAGGACGGUCAUACGGGAUUUUGCCCCUCAACACUGCCAGGAUACGAUUUUUUUCUGUCAGAAACCGACAUCGGGUUAUAAAAUCCUUGGAGGCUGUAGAUGGAGCCUGUCUAGGCAUAUUAAUUCUGUAGAAGCCAUCAAACAUAAAUUUUUUUCUCCUGACUGUGCGGCAAGAUCAUGACCAUGAGACGUCAUAAGUAUUGGGGUAAUGCGGUUGGGUCAACAGAAUCAGGGAUUCCACCGAAUUUUAAUAUUUGUGUGUCUGUUGUGGUCCUCUGCCAGGUCUGCACUCAUUGUCAGGGUUUUUUGGAAAGACUGCAGUUGGUGCACAGUCUCUUUCAGACCUUGUACCUCUUGUUGUAAAUCCAGGAUAUCUUCCUCUGAGGUCUGUGUCCGCGCAGUCACCACCUGAACCUCACAUCAAAAUCCACCAUGAACAUCUUUCUCAGGUCCCAAAGUAGGUUGGAUAUAUCCUGCUUGUAUAUACUAUAUAGUGUCCAGUGCAUCCCAUUCCUUCUGCUCCACAGGUGGUGUGUCAGAUGUGGAGAAGGCCUUUGUAUCUGCCUGGAUAGUAUAAAGGCUGGACAGGCUCUGGUCAUGGUCCGACCAGGCUGCCAUCUUGGAGGCCAUGGGGCGAUGUAGUAUGGCUUCAAUAUCCUGGGAUUCCUUAAUCAUUUCUGGUUGUGGCCUCUGGUAUUGCCUACUCAGGUUGUCUGCGCUGUUUGUAGGAGGCCAAGAUUGAGUGGGGGAGAUGCAGAGUGUCAGCCUGUGUCUCUAGUUUCCCCUACGUGGCCCCUCUUUCCUGAUUGCGAGAACAAGAAAAGCAUUGGCUCACCCUUAGGAGGUUCAGAGUUUAGUGGUAGAUUGUGCAAAUGGCACUGUGGGACCACGGAUUGCAAUGCCAGGAGCUCCAAAGAAUGGUGUCCACUCAGCACAGACACCAUUCUCAAUCUACCACUAAACUCUAAACCUCCUAAGGGUGAGCUACAACUCGAUAUAAGCAUUAUUCACCUUAAAUUAGCAUCAAUAACCUUGCACCCAUUAAAAUCCUGUACCUACAGUGAUGCUCUAUAUUUAACUCCGAACACUGUGAAUUAAACUGUCAUUGGCACAAAUGAUUAAUUUAGAGGUAUUUUUUUCUCUUACAUUAUUACUGGGGACCCCCAACUAACAGUGAAAGAACGCCUAAAUCAAACUGUGUGCUCUAGUAACACCACUGCCUAUGGUUAUAUUAACAGAGAAUAUGAUUCUGCCAAAGUAUUCCUUUAAAAUGUCUUGUUUAUCAUUUGCUUUUUGUGAUGAAGAUUGUUUGUAGUGUUGACUUUUUUUUUUUAACUUUGUUUAAAAAAAUUAAACUUAUAUAUAUAUAUAUAUAUGUUUAUUUUAUAUGCCAACUGCAGUCAUACCCUAAAUUACUUAUGGGUCCUUCCUGUUUAUUUUUAAUAUUAUGCUGACUAGCUUCUGUACAAUACUAUAGGUCUUAUCAAAUAACAUCAGUUUGCAUUCACUUUAUUCUUGUCAUGGGCCAUACCCUACAAACACCAUGAAACGUUCUUUCAUAUAUUUUCCAAUAGUUAGAGGAAUACUAGAGGACAGUGUUGUGUUUUGUAUUAUAUUGUUUUCACUUAUGCAUUAUCUUGUGCAUAGAAGAAAUUGGGGGUCAUAAAGCAAUGAUUGAUAACUUUUGGCAUUCUUGUCUGUUGAAGACUUAAUGUGCCAGAGUUGUGAAGCAUUAAGAGAAACCUGAUCCACAAAUAUAUGGAAUGCUAAAAGUUACCCUUUACUGGUUGAGAAGCCUGAUAAAUUCCAUGAGAUGCAUGGAUACAUUUUCCUGCCACAGUGACCACCAAUAGCGGCACAUAUCAAAUGAUGUACACCAUGAUCUCUGAUAUAGGACCAUAUUUGACACAUACCACCUUCUAGUUAUCUGUUGUUUUUAUUUAUUUAUUUUUAUAUUCUUGUAUUCAAAUCUUCAAACCAUUUGCCCUGUGCCGGCAUCCACAAUGUAUAAGCAGAGCAUGAACCCAGCAGAGAAAUGCAUGCAAAAAUUAACUGAACUGUUCUAGAAUUCGAGUCCUGCAAGUUUACAUAGGGUUUUCCUUAAACCUGUUACACAGCAAGAAUUUUGUCUGCUCCUGCAGAGGUGAUGACUGGAGUUGGAAACCAUCCCACACGUUCUGGAUGCAUUUUAGGAUAAAUAAAUCAACUCUAUCAACAUCCUCAUUUUGGCCCUACCUGUGGUAGAGCUGUAAGCUAAAUUUAUGUUGCCAUUAAAAUUGGAUAUCGCCUUGUGCUUGGCAGCAAUGCACAAAAGGGGCACAGAAAGCCACCAAUAUUGGCACAGUUUCUUUACAGGCUUUUGAUAUAUUAUAAAAUUGUCUGUCAUUGCAUGCACAUUUUAUGCAUAGUCCAUUCCCAAAUUCACUUGCUAACUCCUGAGUUGUUCUGUCUGGCCAUUCCUAGAUAUUAAUUAGCCCUCUCUAUUUUCUAUCUCUUUGAAAACUAAAUUGUAUAUAAAAGUGCACGUGCUGCUGAAUUAAAAAUGAAUAAUAUAAUAUCUCAUAGCUUUAUAUAUUAGCUGAUGUUAAAUCACACACAGGAGGGGUCUUGCUGAUAGGAGGCUAGUUAUCCUAUGGCUCCCAAAGUAGCACGCCCCCUUGUCAAAGAUACACAGAAGUGGCACAGGAAGCAGCAUCCCUAUCUUUCGCAGGGACCAGAUGGUACUUGAACACAAAGGAAAUAAGUGUAAGACAAACAGUGUAACGCCUAAGGCUGUGAGAGAUAUAGCAGGUGGGAGACACAAAGAGAGCAACAGAUACAGACAAAAAGACAGAGGAAACCAGAGGAGCGCGGAGAUAGAAUGCUAAAUGUUCCUUUGCCAUCUGUUCUCUACCACAUUUUUGUCUCAACUUACAUGGGUGCAUAGAUAUUAGUGAUAAUGAACUUGGGGAUAGUAUUCAGCUGAUGGAAAGUCACUACCAGAAAGCAAGCGAAGUCAAAGACGUUUUUAAAGGAAAUGUGUCGCAAAAAAUAACUUCCUUUUUAUAAAAUGCUGAGUGUUAUAAAAGCACUCCAUUUUCUAAAUUAAAUUCUUUGAAAUAAUUUUUUGUACUUAUUUGAUCAAUACUGCUCUGUACUCUUGUAAUGUUAAAAAUGUGGUUUUAUAUACCUAUAAACCACAAGUAAAUGGCAAUAUUUAGAAUUUUAUCUAGAAAAACGUGUCAGUAAGUAGCAAUUGAGGGUUUUUAAAUGAACCGGUAAGUUGUUGCGCUAAGAAGACUUCAGGUCCAAGGCUUGCAUUGCUCAUCAUUUUAAUAAUCCAUUAUUUUAUAGAGUCGCCAGAUUUGAUUGUUGUAGAUAUGAAGUAAUGAUUUGGGCCCAGCUCUUUGAACUAAAAUGCAUUCAUAACUUUACUGAAUAGCUAAAUUUGUUAAUACUUGCCAAGUAAGUGGCAUUGACCAACAUCACUAGUUGAACAGUUUAGUUGAGUUUAUUUUAGAUUUGCCUGAAUUCUCAUUCAUUUUGUGUAACUAACAAUUUAGUUCCAGUCAUAACUGGCAUGUCAGUACUGGAAUGUAGAGCUUAGUAUAAGAUGUGUUUUACAGGUUCAACUUUCUUGUGCUUGCUGGAUGUUGUGCCAAUCAAGAACGAGAAAGGAGAGGUGGUUCUCUUUCUUGUCUCCCAUAAAGACAUUACAGAUGCAAAGACCCGAGCUGGGACAGAGAGCUGGAAAGACUCAGGUAUGACAUCAGACAAUUUCAUCGAGUGUUUUUUUUUAUUUUUAUUUUUUUUUUGUGGGUAACCUGUUGAUCAUAACUUUUCUUGGCAGGAAACAGAGAGCAUCAUGGACGAGCAACAGGAAAAGGUUUUAACGCUAAUCGUAGAAGGAGUAGAGCAGUGCUCUACCAUCUGUCUGGGCACCUGCAAAGGCAGAACAGAGCCAAUGCCAAAAUUGGAAAGGUAAUCCAUAGGUAUUCUUAUCAUAGCUGGUAUAUUAACAGCAUGGCUCGUAUUUGAUUUAACUCUUUCAGAGGCAAAAUGAUUGCAUUAGUCAAAUCUUGUUACCAAUGCCCAGAGCAUUUAAUGGCAGUUACUAAUAGUGCAUUGAAAGAUCAUUGUUUUAUUGUCAUAAACCGCUUCCUCUGAGCGGUCUGCUCAGCUCCCUCGCGCGCCGCAGAGUGAGGCUGGGAGCCGGAAGAUGACGUCAUAUUCCAGCUCCCAGCCUCACUCUGCGGCGCGCGAGGGAGCUGAGCAGAGUGCUCAGAGGAAGUGCUCCCUCGCCAGCCACCCGCCCAGUAGCCCGCCCAUCAGCCCGACCGGCAGCCACUGGACCACCAGGGAGAAAGAGGAACCCCCCCCCACCAGCACUCCCAAAGGUAAGGAGGCGGGGGGGGGGUUAAAUUAAAAAAUGUGAGUGAUUGUGUGUGUGUGUGUGUCUGACUGUGUGUGUGUGUGUGUGUGUGUUUGUGUGUGACUGUGUGUUUGUGUGUGACUGUGUGUGUGUUUGUGUCUGUGUGUGUGUCUGACUGUGUGUGUGUCUGACUGUGUGUGUGUCUGACUGUGUGUGUGUGUGUCUGACUGUGUGUGUAUGUGUGUGUUUGUGUCUGACUGUGUGUGUGUGUGUGUUUGUGUCUGACUGUGUGUGUGUGUGUGUGUGUGUGUCUGACUGUUUGUGUGUAUUUAGAAGGUGGGGUGGGGGGCAGGGGCGUAUUAGCCGCGAGGCAAACAAGGCAUUUGCCUUGGGCGGCAUUUUUCAGGGGGCGGCAAAAAACGCCGCCCCCCAAAUGCCCAGGGCAAAUGUCUUGUUAGCCUCGCGGCUAACAGACAUUCUGGGCGCUGGGCGGCAGUGGCUGCAGCGCUGGGCGGGCGAGCGGGCGGGCGGCCGGCGAGGGAGCUCUUCCCCUGAGCGCUCUGCUCAGCUCCCUCGCGCGCCGCCAGCAGAGUGAGGCUGGGAGCCGGAAUAUGACGUCAUCAACCCUGCUGGCGGCGCGCGAGGGAGCUGAGCAGAGCGCUCAGGGAAAGAGCUCCCUCGCCGGCCGCCCGCCCGCCCAGCGCUGCAGCCACUGCCGCCCAGCGCCCAGGGAGAGGAAGAACCCCCCCCAGCAUUACCAAAGGUAAGGAGGCUGGGGGGGGGGUUAAAUAAAAAAACAAAAAAAAAAAAGCACUAGUGUGUGUGUGGAUGUCUGUUAGUGUGUAUGUAUGUUAGUGUUAGUGUGUGUGUGUGUUAGUGUGUAUGUUAGUGUGUGUUAGUGUGUGUGUUAGUGUGUGUAUGUUAGUGUGUGUUAGUGUGUGUAUGUUAGUGUGUGUGGAUGUCUGUUAGUGUGUGUCUGUUAGUGUGUGUAUGUUAGUGUGUGUAAGUUAGUGUGUGUGGAUGUCUGUUAGUGUGUGUCUGUUAGUUUGUGUCUGUUAGUGUGUGUAUGUUAGUGUGUGUAUGUUAGUGUGUGUCUGUUAGUGUGUGUGUCUGUUAGUGUUAGUGUGUAUGUAUGUUAGUGUUAGUGUAUGUAUGUUAGUGUUAGUGUAUGUAUGUUAGUGUUAGUGUGUGUGUGUCUGUUUGCCUGUGAGUGUGUGUGUGUUUGCCUGUGAGUGUGUGUGUCUGUUAGUGACUGUGUGUCUGUUAGUGACUGUGUGUUUCUGUUAGCUAGUGAAUGCGUAUCUGUCAGUGAAUGUGUGUGUAUUUAGAAGGCGGAGCAGGGGGGAAGGUUGGGUGGCGGUUGCGCGGGUGGGGGUGGCGCGGGGGGGGGGUGCCUGAGUUUUGUCCUGCCUAGGGCAGCACAAAAUCAGGAUACACCACUGGUGGGGGGGAAGGUUUGGGUGGAGCUGGCGCAGGGGGAGGCGGGUGCCUAAGUUUUGUCCUGCCUAGGGCAGCAUAAAACCAGGAUACACCACUGGUUCCCCAUAGGAUUGGCUGAGACUGACAAAGAGGCAGAUCAGGGGCAGAGCCAGCACAAUUCAAACACAAACCUGGCCAGUCAGCAUCUCCUCAUAGAGAUGAAUUUAAUCAAUGAAUCUCUAUCAGGAAAGUUCAGUGUCUGCAUGCAGAGGGAGGAGACACUGAAUGUUUGGAUGCAUUUCAGGCAGCCAUGACCCUGGAAGGAUCUCGGACAUCUGAGAAGUGGCCAGUGAAGUUAUCACUAGGCUGUAUUGUAAACACUGCAUUUUCUCUGAAAAGACAGUGUUUACAGCAAAAAGCCUGAUGGUAAUGAUUCUACACACCAGAACAAAUUCAAUAAGCUGUAGUUGUUCUAGUGACUAUAGUGUCCCUUUAAAGGACCACUAUAGUGCCAGGAAAACAUACUCGUUUUCCUGGCACUAUAGUGCCCUGAGGGUGCCCCCACCCUCAGGGACCCCCUCCCGCCCGGCUCUGGAAGGGGAAAGGGGUAAAAACUUACCUUUUUCCAGCGCUGGGCGGAGAGCUCUCCUCCUUCUCUCCGCCUCCGAUCCUCCUCCUGGGCUGAAUGCGCACGCGCGGCAAGAGCUGCGCGCGCAUUCAGCCCGUCGCAUAGGAAAGCAUUUACAAUGCUUUCCUAUGGACGCUUGCGUGCUCUCACUGUGAAAAUCACAGUGAGAAGCACGCUAGCGCCUCUAGUGGCUGUCAAUGAGACAGCCACUAGAGGAUUAGGGGGAAGGCUUAACCCAUUCAUAAUUAUAGCAGUUUCUCUGAAACUGCUAUAAUUAUGAAAAAAUGGGUUAACCCUCUAGAAGGACUCCGGCACCCAGGCCCGACUACAUCGGGCACACCGCAAAUGCCCGGUGGGUCAGCGGUGUCCGCGGGGCCGAGGUCAGUAGGUAGUACCCAGGAUCUCCCGCCGGUUCAUGGUGUCGGCACUCCCAGCCGCCCCGCUUGUUCGAAGCCACGACGUGGGUCGGGUGGGGAGAUCAAAGAUCUCCCUCACCGGCCCACAUGCGGCCGCCGGCGGGGAGGGAGGGAGACAGCCAGCUAGGCUGGAGAGAGGACCCGGCGGAGCUCUAAUUUGCGGCUCCGCCGGGAUCCUCUCGCGAGAUCCGGCGCGUUGCCAUGGCAACGACCGGAUCUCGCGAGGAGUUCACUCACCCACGAGGACCACCAGGGAACACUGCCUCCUCGCCUCCAGUCCCAGAGUGCCGGUCCCCCCCUCCCAGGCUAAAGGUAAGAAGGGAGGGGGGGAAUAAUACCUGUUUUUUUUUUAUUAUUUACCCCCCCUACAUACACACAAUAACAUUUAUACAGCACUCUCACACCCAUCACACACAGCACUCUCUCACACCCAGCACUCUCUCACACCCAUCACACACAGCACUCUCUCACACCCAUCACACACAGCACUCUCUCUCACACAGCACUCUCACACCCAUCACACACAGCACUUUAACACACACAGCACUCUCUCACACCCAUCACACUCACAGCACUCUCACAGAGCACUCACACACACACAACACUCUCACAGCACUCUCACACCCAUCACACACAGCACUCUCACACCCAUCACUCUCACACCCAUCACUCUCACACCCAUCACACACAGCAUUCUCUCACAGCACUCUCACACCCAUCACUCUCACAGAGCACUCACACACACACAGCACUCUCACACCCAUCUCACAUACCCAUCUCACACAGCACACUCACAUCCAUCACUCACACACAGCAUUCUCACACCCAUCACUCACACACGGCAUUCUCCCAUCCAUCACUCACACACGGCAUUCUCCCAUCCAUCACUCACACACAGCAUUCUCACACCGUUCACUCACACACGGCACUCUCACACCCAUCACUCACACCCAUCACACACCGCACUCUCACACACACAUACUGCACCCCUCACAUACACACAGAACCCCCCCAACACACUGCACCACAAACAUACACAAUACUUCCAAAUAUAUAUAUAUAUAUAUAUAUGUAUACACGCACACACUACACUCUUAAAGGACCACUCUAGCCACCCAGACCACUUCAGCUUAAUGAAGUGGUCUUGGUGCCAGGUCCUUCUAGGGUUAACCCAUUGUUUUAUAAACAUAGCUGUUUCAGAGAAACUGCUAUGUUUAUCAAUGGGUUAAGCCUUCCCCCAAAGCCUCUAGCAGCGGUCUCAUUGACAGCCGCUAGUGGUGCUUGCGUGCUUUUCACUGUGAAAAUCACAGUGAGAGCAUGCAAGCAUCCAUAGGAAAGCAUUAUAAAUGCUUUCCUAUGCGACCGGCUGAAUGCGCGUGCAGCUCUUGCUGUGUGUGCGCAUUCAGCCGACGGGGCGGAUCGGAGGACGAGAGCUCCCCGCCCGGCGCUGGAAAAAGGUAAGUUUUAACCCCUUUCCAGAGCCGGGCGGGAGGGGGUCCCUGAGGGUGGGGGCACCCUCAGGGCACUAUAGUGCCAGGAAAACGAGUAUGUUUUCCUGGCACUAUAGUGGUCCUUUAAUAUACACACUCUGGAUCCCCUAUACACACACUAGAUUCCUUGUAAGCAAACACAUUCUACACCCCUAAACACACACACACACUAUAGCCUGUAUGCACACACUUGCUAUAUCCCCAAUACACACAUUCUCUACAGCCCAUAGCCACAUAUGCAUCACAUUACACCACAAACGCAACACAACUUAAACCGACCUUAUUACACAAUACCACACCACGACCAGCUCACUCUACACACACGCAAUACCACAAGCAGGCUCCAAACACAUGCACAAUACUCUUUCCUGGCCUUUUGUCUCCUGGUAUCCAUUUAUAGACACCAGAGACAAAUUGCAAGGAAACACAGUGCAAGCAUGUUAUUAAAUUUGCUUGCACUGUGCAAAACAAAUACAGGACUUUUUUCUCAUGCUAGAGCUCUUCAGCAGAGCUCUGCACAUGGUCUGCCCUGGAAGAGCAUUGAACCAACAUGCUCACUUUGAGAGGAGGCGUGUCUGUCAUUGGUGACAAAACACACCUCCUCUGCCCCGCCCCCUUUUUAGUGGGCCGCUGUGUUAAAAAAAUGCCCGGGCCGAAUUUUUCUCCCAGUCCGGCCCUGCCUGGCACCCAGACCACUUCAUUAAGCUGAAGUGGUCUGGGUGCCUAGAGUGGUCCUUUAAGACUUAUUAUGAUCUAUAUCAUGUACCAGGAGGGAAAAUAAAAAUUUUCAAACAAUUGCUUUGCUGUGCUAUACUCUCUCCACGUUAUGUGUUAAUUGGUUUACACGUGGGUAGACUGCAGUAAAGGUGUUUCAUAACAUCCACCAUUCUACAGCCUGACCAAUCUUUAUCUUUCCAUUCCACUAUAUCCACAGGGGGUAUUUGGUGAGAAGCCUAGAGUUCCUGAAUACAAGGUGGUUUCUAUGCGCAAGUCUCCUUUUAUUCUCCUUCACUAUGGCACCUUUAAGUCUUGCUGGGACUGUUUGAUCUUGCUAGCGACUUUCUACGUGGCAGUGACUGUUCCAUACAGUGUAUGCUUCAGCAGCGGGAAAGAGGAAGGCAUUGCGAGUCCCCGUAGCCCACCCAGUCCCUGCGAUCUCACUGUAGAAGUCCUCUUCAUACUAGGUAAGUAAUGAGCGAGGGCUUUUAAUAAAACCUAAGGAAAUACAGAGUACUGCUCAUGCUUUGUUACCAAUGUUUUUAGAAGUGCCAACUGUUUCACAUUUAACCCUUUCACUAAGAGGUGUCUGAAAUAAAGGUUCAUCACUAAGAACACAGGUAGUUCAUUCAGGUCACUCAGAUUUAAUAUUUUUUUUAUAAGUGCCACACACAAGCUGCCAACAUGUUGGCCUAAUCCAUUUUCCCGACAGUUAAUUUAUGAGACGACUUCUCUUUUGUGUCUGGGCCUGGACCAAUUUUCUGGCUGCAAUACAGUGAGAGAUUUUGGAAACCUCCGUAUGUUUCUGAGCAUCAAAGUGGGCCCUGAUUUCCUAAAAUAUUCUAAAAGAGGCUGAAUUCUGUUUGUUCUUUAAACUUAAUGAAAUUUGUGGUAACUGUGUAGCGGAGCUGGUCCUUCUGGCUGUCUUGAGUCAUUAAACCUAACUUUAAACCAUGCACAAAAAUGUGAUAGUGUGUGACCGUUUCUGUGCAAAUUGUCCAAAAUGUCUCCCAUUUACAUUACUGUCUCUGUCAACAGAUAUAGUUCUAAAUUUCCGUACAACAUUCGUAAGUCAGUCCGGGCAGGUAGUAUUUUCAUCGCGCCUCAUCUUCAUUCACUAUAUCAGGACUUGGUUCCUUUUGGAUUUAUUGGCUGCACUUCCUGUGGAUCUGCUCUACAGCUUCAAAGUCAAUGUGGUGGGUUUAAUCUUCUUCACACUGUUUUGCAUUAUCGGCUAUUCCUUCCAUUUAUGUGUCUGAAUGGCCAAUCAAUCAUUAUGGACCUCAUUCUCCUCAACCUACUUUUCUCCUCUUUACAUUUUUGUGUUACUCUUUAAAUCCUCACAAAACUUGGUUUCGAUAAAAUUUAUGGUUUGGGCAUUUCACAAAACUACCUUAGACUGGCUCAGUAAGAACAAUGUAAGUGACUUUUAAAGAAAAAUGCUUAAACUAAACAGAAUUGUAUGAAAGAGAGCACUUUUGUCAGCUUGUUAUUCCUGGUGCAUUUUCUGGUUACUGACCAUGAUUUAAAUUAUAUCUGCGUGGUUUGAAACAUAACCAAGUCAGCCAGAUUGCACCAUUGGUUUCUAAUAUGUUAAUAUUAUUUAGUAUGGUCUCUUCUUGCUCUACUCAUUACAGAUUUUCUGUAAAAUGUAGAGCUUACUGCAAAUAAAUAUAAAAUGGGUCAAUUCCAUAAUUUUUACUAACACAUAUUAUGAGUUUCUCACUCAUUUUAAGGGACACUAUAGUCACCAGUGCAACUACAUGUAUUCCUGACCCUAUAGUGUUAACACCACCAUCUAGCCCCCCUGGGCCCCUCAUGCCUCCAUAAAUAUAGCAAAAUCUUACUGUAUUCAAGCCAAAAGCUGUAACUCUACAUACUGUUUGCCUAAAAAAAACAAAAAACAAGCUGUCUGCUGACAUCAUUAGAAGUGGUGGCCUGAUCCAAUCACAGUGCUUCCCCAUAGGAUUGGCUGAGACUGACAAAGAGGCAGGUCAGGGGCAGAGCCAGCACAAUUCAAACAGAGCCCUGGCCAAUCAGCAUCUCCUCAUAGAGAUGAAUUGAAUCAAUGAAUCUCUAUGAGGAAAGUUCAGUGUCUGCAUGCAGUGGGAGUGUCUGCAUGCUGCCCUGUGCUCUGCUGACAGCAGAUCUGAGUGAAUUGAGGAGUUUUAUGCCUCAAUCAACUCGGAAGUCCCUCUGGUGGCAUUCUGAGUGACUGCAACUGUAGGUGUUCCUAGCUUUCAAUGUAAACACUGUAUUUUCUCAGAAAAUAGUGUUGACAUGAGAAAGGCUGCAGGGAGCUAUAGCUCUCACCUGAACAACCUCAUUAAGCUGAAGUUGUUCAGGUGGCUAUAGUGUUCCUUUAAGAGUAUUCCUAGGGAAAAUGUCUGAAUGACCUGUGGACAAGAAACCAUGCUUAAAGGGACACUAUAGUCACCCAGUCCACUUCAUCUCAUUGAAGUGGCGUUGGUGCAGUUGCCCUGUCCUUUUAACCCUGCUUGGUAAAACAUUGCAGUUUUUUUAGAAACUGCAAUAUGUACAUUGCAGGGUUUGAUCCACCUCUAGUAGCUAUCAUACUGACCGCAAGUAGAGGUGCAUUUUCUGUACUGACAAUUUAAAACUCUUUCAUGUGGUGCAGAAGCCCAUAGGAAAAUGAACACAGUAAAGGAGGAGACCAUAUUUAAAAGAAGAAAAACUACCACAGAGGAUGUAGUCUUAAAUUAGAGGGACAAAGGUUUAAAAAUAAUAUCAGGAAGUAUUACUUUACUGAGAGGGUAGUGGAUGCAUGGAAUAGCCUUCCAGCUGAAGUGUUAGAGGUAACACAGUAAAGGAGUUUAAGCAUGCGUGGGAUAGGCAUAAGGCUAUCAUAGCUAUACGAUAAGGCCAAGGACUAAUGAAAGUAUUUAGAAAAUUGGGCAGACCAGAUGGGCCGAAUAGUUCUUAUCUGCCGUCACAUUCUAUGUUUCUAUGAAAGCACUGGAUAUAAUGCUUUCCUAUGGGGAAGCUUAAAUGCACAUUAGGUCCCCUAUGCUCCUCUAUUAGAAGCAUUGAAUUGGACCAUUGCAGAGGAGGUCAUGCCUUCUCCAUGAUCCAUGUCGUGGGAGGCGGAGAGGUGAGCAGCUGGAAAAAGACAAGCAAAUAAUUUUAUUUUAUUAAUUUUUAUGGCAGACUUUACUACAACUAGGGACAGAGGAACUAUAGCAUUCGGAAUACAGGUCUGUAUACCUAAUGCUACAUUGUUCCUUUCUAAUAAAUAUAUAUUAAACUCAAUAUCCCUUAUCGGUAUGGUAGCUCCUAUCUAUGCUACAGACAAUGAUAAAGCAUCUGGCUUCCAUUCGAACUCUUCUUAUAAAUUGUUCACUUUAAUACCCUGCUACUUAUUCCUCAAAUAAUAAUCUUGUAUCAACCAUUAGCGUGCCAUUCAUGUCUUUCUGUUUUCCUUUUUAGUCUUUUUUAUUCCACCUUCAUGGUUUUCUCUUUACUGCUUAUAAAAUUAUAAUUCACCUCUCCUUUUAUUCAAAGUAUUUUGGAGCUCAUCUCCUGAAGGCCGUGCGCUUGCUGCGUCUGCUGCGCCUCUUGCCAAGACUGGAUCGCUAUUCUCAGUAUAGUGCGGUGGUUCUGAGCCUCCUUAUGGUUGUAUUUGCUCUCCUGGCGCACUGGGUUGCCUGUAUUUGGUAUUUCAUUGGCCAGCAAGAGAUUGAGAGCAGCCAGUCAGAAGUACCAGAAAUUGGUAAGGACAUCAAUGCAUUGCUUCAUAAUGGCUGCAUUAUUAAUUGACUAAAGUUUAUUCCACUCUGCACCUGUAGAACAUCCCUAUUAUCCACAUUGAGAAAGAAAACACUGUCUGUUGAAGGGAAAAUACUGCAUCAAAGAAAAUAAUUGGUACUUUGCAGUAUAGUACAUAAUACAACCAAUGAACAAUAUCCAAGUUUGGUAUACUAAUGUCAAAGUAUAAAUUUCCACUUGUGUAUAGCUGUGUGGACUGUUAGGGCUGCGGUUGUCCGACAAUGUAAAUGAAGUGUUAAGCACUUUGUAAAUGUAACACUGUGUGGUCUGCUGCUGUAGCACUAUUGCAUCAGUUAUUGACACAUUAUUAUGGUUAUUCACUAAAGUGAGCAUUGCCGGGUAUUUCAAAUUGAAAGUAGCUCAGUCAUGUCUCCACUUUGCCUUUACUUAAUUUAUCUUUUCUUCCUUGUCCUCUGUCCGUUUUUGUUUUGUUUUGUUUUUAAACUCGCAAAGUUUAAUUUUCAAUGAAAUUUGUUACAGGAAACUCCAGUCACCAGAACGACUACAGCUUAAUGUAUUGUUUUUGGUGUGUAUAUCAUGUCCCUGUAGGCUUUUAGAGAAAAGGCAGUGUUUACAUUGCUGCCUAGUAACCCCUCUUGUGACAGUCACUCAGACGGCCACUAGAGGUGAUUCUUAGUCCAGUGCUGCACCUAUUUUCAGUGUCUCCACACUCUGAAUGGAGGAGCUAGAUGUUCCCUGUAGAGAUGCAUUGAUUCAAUGUAUCUCUAUGAGGAGAUGCUGAUUGGUGCAACAUUUUGUUGUGCAUCUGCAAUAGUCUCCCAAUUCUUUCCUAUAAGAAAGUUUGGUUUGGCUGAGAUCAUCAAUAUAGAUGAUCUCAGCCAUGGGGUCCGGGCCAGCCACGAUGGGAACAGUAUGGCAUGGAAAGAGGGUGAGUAAAAACACAUUUCCCAUGUUAUCAGAGGAGGGAGCGGUAACCUACACAGAUACACUUACUAACAGACACACUCCCUCACUGACAGACACACACAUUUUCUCACAAAUUUUCUCUACAUUUUCUUACCACCAGGACCUGAGCAUCCAUUCAAUAAACAUCUGCUUAUCUCAACUUGCAUGCAGAUGUUUAUUGAAUGGAUGCUCAGGUCUUGGUGGUAAGAUAAUGUAGAGAAAAUGCCCUGCUACUGAUGCAAAAACUUCAUAAAAAUAGAUUUACAAAAGAAAACCAUGGUGCACAGAUUAGGUAUAUGUAUUUAUUAAAUGCAAAAUGUAAUUAAAAUACUGGAUUGUCCUUAAAUCCCAAAACAGGCGUAAGAAGGGUUUAUAUUUUUCUGUCAUCAGGCAGAUUCUAGAUCCUUUGACAAUUAUCCAUCUUUAAGGUGAUGCUCCAUCAGUUCGAUGGAGUAAAACCAAUAAAAUAGCACUUUGGUGAAAACUGGAAACAUGAGUGAUGCUAAAAACAUAAGAUCAGCAGACAUUAAAUUGAACUGGGAGCUGCUAUAAAAGUACAUUUGUAUACUUUGUAAUGCAAGUUUGUUUGGAACAUAAAUAACUAGAGUGUUGAAAGUGGCAUUUUAUUGGAAUUGCUGGUCACAUGACCUGCAGUUUCCAUUAACAUCCAUAUAGUUAUUGACUGGCUAUGUGUUAUGAAGCUGUAUUUAUGCAAACCGCAAGUCAUAUGAUAUGUGCAUUCAAUGAAAAUAUAUAUAUGUUUUUUUUAAAAAGUAAACAACUUUGUUUUAUUAUUCUUCAUGACUAUGUAAAAGUUUCAGUAUUUUUUUUUUUUUUAUGCAGUUUUGUUCAAUAUGCUGUUUUUAUUACUGUUAUUCGGUCUGCUAUCAAUUGGAUUAGCCAUUAAAUGACUAAAUAAAGGGACACCAGCAAUCUAGUUAUGAAAGGACUUGCUAAUAUUGCAUUAUCUGACCAAUAUUUAUGUCAGUGGGCAUGUUUAGAAUACCAUCUCUGCAACUGUUUUCCGUAAUGAACGGGAAAUAAUACACAGAUCACCUCCUUGCAGUCAGAGAGCCCUAAUCCCAGACAGAACUAGGACAUACAGACCCAGGUCUGCUCAAGAUUUGUGAGAGCUCACAAAGCCUUGGUUGGUAUUGGAGAACAGCUUGAGCCCUUGCCCACUAAAUGCACUGGAAUGGCUACACUCUAAUUCAAUCACCAGACAGAUACUGCUCACUCAGUCCAAUCUCCUCUACAAUGAAGGUCUGGUUCUUGAUCAGGAGACCGACUCAAAUAACUCCGUCACCCAACCCUCUCAUAACACACAACCUUGAGCUAACAAAAUCUCUCCCCAUGGGAGAGUUAGCUUUCCUGGGCCCUGGUGCAGUAAUACUGAUUUGAGCAGUGCUUGGGACCAUGGGACUCCAGAAACUGGAAUAUCUUAUGGCUUCACGCACAGCAACCUUAAUGGAGUAAUUUAGAUAUGCACAGUUUAAACACUAUUACAAGUCCAUACCAAAUAAUUUCACACUAUCAAGGGAUAGCACUACAUUUGAGGAUCUGUGCAUGAGAGGCAAACCAACUGAACGUGGCAUAUCGUUUAUGUACCAACUCUUGCUCACACAAACUAGUACCGGCUCAGAAGCUUAUCGGAGGAGAAGGGAGGAGGCUCUGGGGGUAGUCCAAAAUCUUGAUUCUUAAUCAUCGGAGCACAUCAUGCUCAAAAUUUUAAGAGACAAACUAUAAAAGGCUCUCUUUUUGGUAUUAACCUGCACAAAAUCUUUACCACACAUUCUCCUCUGUGUUGGCAUUGUGGUGAGUCACCUGGAACCCAUUUCCCUAUUUGGUGGUCAUGCCCUGAUAUAUAUAUAUAUACAUUCUGAGAGGGGGUUAAUUAUACCAUUGCAAUAAUUCUGGCAAAGACACCACUGUUACAGCUGGAGAAUCUCAUCCUACACCAGGCAUAGGCAACGUUAGCACUACAGAUGUUUUGGACUACACCUCCCAUGAUGCUUUGCCAGCAUUAUGGGUAAGAGCAUUAUGGUGGAUGUAGUCCACAACAUCUGGAGUGCCAAAGGUUGUCUACCUUUGUCCUACACCAUUCUAGUCUUCCAUUGUCUAAGAAUAAUAAAAUAAAUUAUCUGGUUCCUCCUAAAUGCAGCCAAAUCUCUUAUACCUCUUAAAUGGAAAACCACAUAAAUCCCAACAAUUCAACACUGGCUAGCUAAGGUUGCCAAGAUAGAAGCAGCUGCUAGAGAUACAAAUGCCCAUAGAUGGUAUCCUUGGCUAGAAUUCAUAUCCUGUGAAUAGGCAGGGGCUCCUGACAGGCAGAGUCAGAGGGAGGAUGGGAGCUGUCCUGGUUCGGACAUACAAAAUUAAAACGCAAUAGGGAGAUGCCCAGCAUGGAAGCACUCCCUUCUUAACUGUCUUCACUCUAACCUAGGACUAGCACGGGAGCUUUCUUAACUUCACUUAGCUUACUCAACUUCACUCAGCUUACUCAUAUCAACCUCUUCCAAGUCUCUUAUCCUAUUUGUACAUUUCACCCUUAACCUCAUUACUCUGAUACUCUGGCCAACCCUGUAUAUUACUAGAGAAGGUCCCACUGGUCCCAAGAGUCAUGUAGACAGGAAUUCUGUUAUACCUAAGAGACUAGAGGCAAGCGAAUAUGCUUCAUAUGAACACACUGCAGAACAUUCUGUUUUAACUGGUCUUGAUGGGGUUGACUCACUUGGUUGAACACCAAAAUGGCUUUUCAUUAAUAAUUAUCACUGCUCCAGGUAACCAGUCAGUGGACCAUUUUAUAAUUAAAUGUAUUUAUACUUCUGUAUUUUCCUUAAUUUUUAUUGUUAUUUUUAUUGUUAUUCCUUUUAUUGCCAUUUAUUAUCUAGUCAUUCAUUUUGGUAUAUUCUAUAUAUUUAUUCUUUAUUUUAUAUUUUUUUAUUUCUAAUAUUUUAGUCACUAAGGCCUUGAUUUUAAUCCAAAAAUAUUAAGCAAUUUAAAAAAGCUUAUCAAAAAUAUGAAAUCCAGGCCUAAUGUGGAAGUUUUUUUUUUUUCAUGCUAACCUGACAUGAUUUUAGAUAAUUCUUACUCCGUAACUAAAAAUAUUGUUUGUGGGUUUUUUCUAAAUAUAUUACUAGCCACAAGACCUACAGCUUUCCAUAAUUUUCACAGGUUGGCUACAAGAGCUAGCUCGACGUUUGGAAACGCCGUAUUACAUGGGAAGGAGAAAUGGAAGUCGGGAAGCAACACUUCAGGACAAUGGGUCGACUUCCAAUGGAACGAGUGUUGUUUUAUUAGGGGGACCCUCUUCUCGGAGCUCUUAUAUAACGUCCCUGUACUUUGCACUCAGCAGUUUGACUAGUGUGGGUUUUGGAAAUGUCUCUGCGAACACAGACACAGAAAAAAUCUUCUCUAUAUGCAUCAUGAUGAUUGGAGGUAAUAGGAUAAACUACAUAUUAGUUGUAGUAUAAGGACUAUUUAGGAUUAGAGUGGUGUUAAAUUUAGCAUUUGAAUACAGGGGGUGUUUUUAAGAUUAUUGAUUUUAGUGCUAAAGUUGCGUUAAAGGGAAUCUAUAGUGUUAGGAAUUCAAACCUGUGAUAUCCUUCAGUGCUGGGUCGGUGCUCCGCUUCCUCCGACGUCACCCGACAGGGGGGGGGCACAUGCACGGCGAUUGCCACAGGUGUAUUAGGCCCUCCCCGUAGGAAAGCAUUUUAUAAAUUUUAAAUAUUUUUAGAUGUUUUUAUAUAAAAUAGAUCAAAUGAAUAGCAUAACAGAGUUGUUGUCAGAAAUGUGAUGUACUUGACAGAAGUGCACAGUGUGACAAAACCUUGUGUAAACUCUGAUGUGUUGUCCUUCAACUGUAUAGUUACUUUUUUGGGGGGUAAGUGGUUGUAGUACUUAUCAGGCCAUAUUUUCCACUCACUCUUUAUUAUUUCCUCGUUUCAGCAGAAUCCCUCUCCCAUACUCUUUCUUCACACGUCUUUUCAUUAAUUAGUGGUUUUCAGUUCUUUGUUUAUGCAGAUUUUUCUAUCUUUGCAUGUGUGGGCCAAGAGUGGGCCAUUUCCAUGGAGACUUCUUGUGCAUACGUGUGCGUGGGAGUGUGUGCAUUUGGUGGCGGGAUUCUCAAUCUGUGUAUUUAUAGCUAGAAUUUAUGCCUAAAAGGUUAAAAUAUAUAUAUAUAUAUAUCAUUUCUUAGAACUCCAAAAUCAACUUAUAAACAAGUGCUCUUACCAGCUACUUUAGAAAACAAUGCAAAGUCCGAGGUGACUUAUGAGUCUGAAAGCAGUUUCAGUCUGCAGUUUAGCCUUUUAUUUUAUUUUAAAUACUAUUGUUUCUAUUUUGGAAAAAUUAUCACCACCUUUCAUUUGCAGCCUUGAUGCAUGCCCUGGUGUUUGGAAAUGUGACGGCUAUUAUUCAACGCCUGUACGCAAGACGCUUUCUUUAUCACAGCCGUACUCGUGAUUUGCGAGAUUACAUCCGCAUUCAUGGGAUUCCCAAGCCCCUUAAACAACGCAUGCUAGAAUACGUGCAGACCACAUGGGCAGUAAACAAUGGAAUUGACACAAAUGAGGUAAGUUCCAUCAUGCAGUUUAAUGCACAUACGAUUGCAAUGUUCAGCAAGGGUAUAUGCCAUCGGGUCCCGCCUUAAUGUGUUAUUGAGUAUAAAUAUACAUAAAGCAAUUAAUUGAUCACUCCUUGUAAAAUGAAGAAUAUCCCCUUGUUUUUAACUUUAAAUAAGCGAAACUUGAAAAAGAUCUUUGGAAGCUCAAAACAUUGCUGGUUUAAUGUGACACUAGAGGCACCAAAACAACGUUGGCUUAAUGAAGCAGUUUGGCUGUAUAACUGAUGUCUCUGAAGUCUCCCUGUUCAAUUCUCUGCCAUUUAGGAGUUAAAUAAGUUUUGUUUCUGUUUACGCAGCCCUAGUUACAUCUCCCCUGGCUGUGACUCACACAGCCUGCUAGGGAAAAAAAGGUUAAAUUUUAAUCUGAUGGUAACUAACUUUAGAAAUGUUUAUCUCCUGCUCUGUAAAUUAAACUUUAAUUACACACAGAAGUCUCCUGCAAGGUCUAGCAAGCUAUUAACAGUGCAGGAGAUAAGAAAUUCUAAAUUAAACAGAAUGUGCAAUAAAGUGAGUUUAAACAUUAGAUCUCACUUUACAGGAAGUGUUUAGGAAAGUUGUGCACAUUAUUUGCAGGGAGGUGUGACUAGGGCUGCAUAAAUAAAGUAAUUUAACUCCUACAUGGCAGAGAAUUGAGCAGUGAGACUGCAGGGGCAUGAUCUAUACACCAACACUGCUUCAUUAAGCUAAAGUUGUUUUGGUGACUAUAGUGUCCUUUUAAGUGUCAAACAAGAGGAAUUUUCUUCACUUUUCAUUCACUGCUGGGUUGAUUCUGUGUUUUUUAAACACAGUAUUCAGCAGUUCACCCUUUAUGUUAUAAAGACUACAUUUAACUAAAAAUGCCUAUAGAUGCAAAUUGCUAAACUAUGCAAUAUGCUCUGUCAUUUGUGCCUUUCACAAAAUGCAAAGAAUUGUAUCUUGUUUAAGCUGCCAGUAAUGUCUACUUUUCUUCAUUUUUGUUACCACCCCUUCAUCAAUUAUCACGUUCUUCAUAUUUCAUGACUAUUUAUGACCCUACAUAUGAAGAUCUAAUGUAAAACACCAGAAUAUGCAAAAAAAAAUAAGCAUGACAAUAGAAAUUUGACAUAAAAACAGAAAUGACCAAAUAUUUUAUUUUUUUGCUGCAGUUUCAUCCAUUCCCCUUGAAUCUUCAUUGUUUGUUUUCUUUUUCUCCUCUGUCAUACCUGCAGCUUUUGCAUAGCCUUCCAGAUGAACUGCGCGCUGACAUUGCUAUGCAUCUCAACAAGGAGUUUCUGCAGAUGCCGCUGUUUGCCAUGGCAAGUCGUGGCUGUCUGCGAUCACUGUCCCUAAAUAUCAGACCUUCAUUCUGUACCCCUGGAGAGUACCUGAUCCGACAGGGCGAUGCAUUGGAAGCUUUAUACUGUGUGUGCUCAGGAUCCAUGGAAGUCCUCAAGGAUGGCGUUGUAUUGGCAAUAUUAGGUGUGAAGGGAACCCGCAAUAUAUUUUAAGUUCUAAACCAGAUCGAAACAUCGAAAAAAAUGAGUGUCCCUGAUCUUUUCACUUUUAACAAGAAAUGCACAACCUGCAUUUUUAUCCAAUAUCUAUGUCAAAAACAAUAAUGGUGCAAUAAAAAAUAUGAAUAUUUAGAAUGACACUAAAUAUAAUGGAGAGGAAGAUGAUCCACUUGAUGCAGAAUACUGGAGAGAUGUGUAAAACAGCAAACUGUACUUGUGCUGGUUAAUCCACUAAAGUGUAUUUUCUCUACAUAAUGGAACAGAUUAUAACAGAUUGCACACAAUUGACCUUAGACACAUUGAUUUUCCUGGUAUAGUAUAACUGACAAAAUAAUUCACUAACCAUGGAAACUUGUACAAUUAGUGAAUUCAGUAUUCUGCUCAUUUCAAUACAAUGUUGUUUGGGUUUUUUGAAAAGUUGAUAUUUAUGUCUCAUCUCAAGUAAUAGAAUAAAGGUGUUUACUUCUCUGUAGGGAAGGGUGACUUGAUUGGCUGCGAGGUCUCUCCUGUGGAUACAGUGAUUAAAGCGAAUGCAGAUGUCAAAGGACUUACAUAUUGUGACCUUCAAGGCAUCAGUUUAAAGGGACUUCGUGACACGUUAUCACUGUAUCCGGAAUAUGCUCAGAAAUUCACAUGUCAGAUCACAAACCAGCUCAGCUACAACCUGGGAGGCAGUAGAUGUGAGCCCGAGGUGAGCAAACUCUGUAAAGCAGGGGUAGUCAACCUUUUAAUACACACUGCCCACUUUUGUACCUUUGUUGAUGGUAAAAGGGUUGUUCUUUUUAAAUAUGUACUUAAAUUUGUCUAUUUCCCCCUUUGUUUCUAUUCUACUUUUUUCUAUGUGUGUGUUGCUGCAGUGCAUUUGUGAGGGGACAGUACGUGGUAAAUAUGUACUUAAAUUUGUCUAUUUUUCCCCCUUUGUUUCUAUUUUCUAUUCUACUUUUUUCUAUGUGUGUGUGUGUGUGUUGCUGCAGUGCAUUUGUGAGGGCACAGUGCGUGGUAACACGUGGCAAUGCUCUGACCAGCCUGCUCACAGGAGAAACACAGAGCCUCAGAGUCUAUUCCCUCUCUCUACUGGAACUAAGUGCCAGUGGACCGGUGAGAGUGAUCUAUGAUCUUCUCACGAGCCCGAGAGGGCUUACAGGAAGGCUGGCUCUGCAUGGGCCAACAGGGGAGAUGAAAGAAUCUGCCUUGGCCCGAAGUCAUUGAGGCCGACUGGGCGUUUUCUGCAGAACCCACCACCACCCACCUGAAAUUCCAAACCAGCUUGCAUUUGGAUUUCCCCAUUGGAAAGCAGUAUACAUUGCUUUCAUAUGGUGAUUCCGGUGGCGCUGGAUGUCCUCGUGCAUAGCGUGAGAACAUCCAGCAUCAGCUAGGCAACCAAAAGUCGCCUGACAACCUGGGAGUCCCUCUAGUGGCUGUCUGGUAGACAGCCACUAGAGGUGGAGUUAACCCACAGAGCUAAUUAUUGUAGUUUAUAAAAAAAAACUGCAAUAAUUAGCUUUGCGGGGUUAAAGGACCUGGGACACUGCACCCAGACCACUACAAUGACCUGAAGUGGUCUGGAUGCCUAUAGUGUCCCUUUAAUGUCACAUAAAACAUGUAAAUUAAAUCUGAUUGUAACUUCUGAGUCUGAUACUCGAGUCAAUUACAUAUCACUGUGAUAGUCUAAAUGUAUGAUAGGCAGAAGCAUAUUCAUUCUUUUUUUUGUGUUUUUUUUUUAGACAGAUGCCUACACUCAAGAGUCACCAAGGAAUGUAUCUUCCCAGGAUAAAGACUCACAUGUAUUCUCAGGUCUCAGCACUUCUCUACUCACUCCAAAGAAAUCUUCUCAUCUCCACCUUUCCCCAUCUCGGUUUUCUCACUGCAGCCCCCAGCACAAAUCUGCAGAAGUAACACCUAAAAGCACACCGCGUCGGCUGAUUGCUACAAAACUGCAGAUACCAUGUGUUUCCUACUCCAAACCACCAGAACUCAGUCCCAGGUAAUGAUUAUUAAAGCUGGGGGUGUUGAAAUGUGGUUCCUGAUAAGUUGCUUGACUACUCCCAUUCCUACAGGAAUUUUGAGUCUGGCAACAUCAUGGGUCUUGACAUUCAACAUUCCAAAUCUAAACCUAACAUUGUUUGUUCUCUGUUCUUUGUAAUGGAGUAAAAUCAGCAUACACUCAUGUUUUCCUUAGGGUGGUAGAUGGGAUAGAAGAAAAUUCUGACUCAACUCAACAAAAGUUCAACUUUCCAAACUUCAGUGCUCUUCAAGCUUCUCCAGGUAAGCUCACCAAAGACCAAAAAAAUUGGCUUAUGACAUUGAUCAUUCAGGCAUAAAAUAAUUUUAAUACUCUAAUCAACCAAGGAACCACCAGAUUGACUGGUAGAGAGGUGGUAGUGAGACCGGGGCAGGAGUGAGUAUGACUUCAACAUUGCCUGAAGCACCAAGGAAGCACAUACAAGUUACUUUGCAUGACAGAGCAGAAGGAUAGAAGUUGGCUCCAUAGAUAGUAACAUGUCUAUAUAAUUCUUUGAAGCUAGGCUAUCAACAUUUAGUUCUUGUACUAUUCACCACCUUAAAAAUUAUAGGACUUUGGUAAAGGUUGGGUAGAAAUUGUAAGGGCAUUUGGGCCUUUUUGCUGCACAGUUAAGAUACUGGUCUUAUCCGAUAACUUUAAAGGACACUCUAAGCAACAUAAACCACUACAGCUCACUCCUAAAUAGUGUGAUAGUUAAACAGGGGAUGGCAUUAUAACACUAUAGACAACAUAUACACUGCAGCAAGCUCUAAUGGUUUGUUACUUUGUGUCCCUUUAAAUGUUUAAGUUGAAUGGAUACUCAAAACGUUUAUUGUUACAUUUUAAAAAGCCUUUCAGACAUCUCUAAUACUGCUGUUCAUCCAAAACAACGUGAUGAUUUUCAGGGCCGGACUGGGGAUUCCAAAGCAGCCCUGGAAAAAAAAUCUAUGCCAGCCCCAUAAGUCAUUGCGCCAUAUAUUGUCGCAUGUAAUAUGUAAGGCUAUGUCAUGUCACCCUAGAUGAUUGAGAUAUAUAUAUAUAUAUAUAUAUAUAUAUAUAUAUAUAUAUAUAUAUAUAUAUAUAUAUAUAUAUAUAUAUAUAUAUAUAUUGCUUUUUCCAAUAUAAAAUAUUGGUCCUUUCAGAGUAAAAUUUUUAAUUAUACAGUAAGCAUACUCACAUGCAGACACAGACAAUCUCACUGACACAAGCUGAUUGAUACACAGCCUCACAGACAAACAAUCUCACUGAAAUACAUAAGUUAAUUGACAUAAAAACACAAGCUCACUCAGUAGCAGGCGUACACACACACACACACACGCAAGCCCACUCACUAGCAGGCGCGCACACACACACAGCUUAAUGUAGUGGUUCUGGUGUCUAUAGCCUGUCCCUGCAUGCUUUUCAAUGUAAACACUGACUUUUUAGAGAAAAGGCAGUGUUUACAUUGCUUCCUAGUGACAGACACUCAGACUGUCACUAGAGGUGCUUCCUGUGUCAGUGCGGAUUGGCUGAGAUCAUCAAGCUAGAUGAUCUCAGCCGUAGAGGCAGGGCCAGUCGAGGGGAGACCAGCACGACGGGGGGGGGGGAAGGUGAGUAAAAACACACAUACACACACAAAUACCAUGACAGACACACACCAUGACACAGACAGACUGCGACACAUACACACACAAACCGUGACACAGACAGAAACACAGAUACACCAUGACAGACACACACCUUAAAGGACCACUAUAGUGCCAGGAAAACAUACUCUUUUUCCUGGCACUAUAGUGCCCUGAGGGUGCCCCCACCCUCAGGGUCCCCCUCCCGCCGGGCUCUGGGGAGAGGAAGGGGUUAAAAUCUUACCUUUCUCCAGCGCCGGGCGGCGAGCUCUCCUCCUUCUCUCCUCCUCCUCCUCCAUAGCGGCUGAAUGCGCAUGCGCGGCAGGAGCCGCGCGCAUUCAGCCAGUUCAUAGGAAAGCAUUUACAAUGAUUUUCUAUGGACGCUGGCGUCUUCUCACUGUGAUUUUCACAGUGAGAAGCACGCAAGCGCCUCUAGCGGCUGUCAAGAGACAGCCACUAGAGGCUGGAUUAACCAUAUUAUAAACAUAGCAGUUUCUCUGAAACUGCUAUGUUUAUAAAAAAAAAAAAAAAAAGGGUUAAUCCUAGAUGGACCUGGCACCCAGACCACUUCAUUAAGCUGAAGUGGUCUGGGUGCCUAUAGUGGUCCUUUAAAAAAGAGACACACACACACCAUAACACAGACAGAUCGUGACACAGACAGACAGACAUUACAUGACACAGACACACACCACGACACAGAGAGACUGUGACACAGACACACACACCGUGACACAGACACACACCAUGACACAGACAGACACACACAAUGACACAGACACACAUUGCAUGAGACAGACACACACCAUGACAGACAGACACACACAAUGACACAGACACACACACACCAUGACACAGACAGACACACACACCAUGACACAGACACACACAAUUGCUACCUGUGUGCUGGCAUGGGGAGCUCUGAUGACGGCCGCAUGGGGGAGCUGGCUCUUCUUGCGUCCGCAGAGGGAGCUCUUUUGGCGGCCGCAGGGGAAGCUGGCUGUACUGGCGGCCGCAGGGGGAGCUGGCUGUUCUGUCUCUGCUACCCCUCCCCAGCGUGCCGCUUAAUGAGACCGGGGCCAGAAUAUGACAUCAUAUUCCGGCCCCGGUCUCAUUAAGCGGCGCGCUGGGGAGGGAGAGCAGAGACAGAACAGCCAGCUCCCCCUGCGGCCGCCAGAACAGCCAGCUUCCCCUGCGGCCGCCAAAAGAGCUCUCUGCGGCCACAGGUGAGCCAGCUGACAGCCCGGCCCCAGGUGCCGACGGCCCACUGGGAAAUUUCCCGGUAUCCCGGUGGGCCAGUCCGGCCCUGAUGAUUUUGACAAAAAUGUGUGAAAAUGUGCAGUCAGAUUUCUCUGUGGAUCAACAAACCCACUAUAUUAACUAUUCUUUUCUUGAAUAUUUUGUUUUUUCAAAACAGAAUCCAGAGGUUAUUUAAAAACCUGUACAGUAUCUGAUAAAACAACCUCUUUAGGCAGAGAAUUCCACAUCUUUAUUGUUUUUACAGUUAAGAACACUUUCCUCUGCCGUAGGCAAAAGCUUCUCACAUUAAGUCUAAGUGGGUGAACAAUUGUUCAUUGUAUAGGUCUAUUGCGCUGUUUGUACUUUGUAAACCAGUUUGUUAUUUUAAUUUUUUUUGCCUUUCUACAUAACUAAUUAAUUUUGUAGAUACCUCUGCACUCUUUCUAGUUCCAUAACAUCCUUCUUAAAAAAAAUUGUAUUUAUUUAAUAUUUUGGAAACUCUCUCACUAUUGAUUUAUACAUAGGCAAGAUUAUAUUUUUGUUUCAUUAAUUAACGGUUUAUGGAUCACUGUAUCUUACUGGCCUUAGCAACCAACUGCUACAUGACAUUGCACAAUAUUGUGUGGUCUGUUGUCUGUCACUUUUUAUUUACUUGAUUAUUCAAUUUAAGAUGCACAACCUCUCUGCUUGGGAGAGCUGGAUUGGACAUUCUUCCUAUUGUCCAGUGGACGCUGCUGGGUUCACUGUGCUUUGUUGGCACAGCUUCAGUCUGCACCCUGUAAUGAUGUUAAUGUCAGUGACUUCACAUUUCGGUUCAGAGCAUCACUACAGAGUGCACAGGGGUCCUGAGCAGGAAGAGCACAGUAUUUACACAGCUUCCUUGCCAACCCCCUGAUUUUUAAAUAGCGCCAUAUUAUGGUCACUAUUUCCCAAGCGCUCCCUUACUUAAAUGUUUGACAAAAAGCUAUUUUUUAUUUAUAGCUGAGAUAUAAAGGUGUCAUUUAAUAGGUUACAUUUCCUCUAGUUGAACAGCUAGUCCCGCAGUCCCUGUCAAUGCCCGGGAAUUUAAAAUCUUAAAUUAUUUAAAGCAUUAGCACAAACUGAAAAGGCUGCACAUUUGGACUUUACAUUUUAUCUUGCUCAUCAUAAUAGUUGAUGCUUGUAACAUAUAUCUACAACUAAGACAUUGCUCCUCUUAGCUCCCAAAAAGAUGUUUACCUAUAAGGCCUCCUCAUAUUCAUUUGUUUCAUCAUUUGUGAUUUCCGUAAAAGGAACACUAUAAGAUCAGGAACACAAACAUGUAUUCCUGACCCUAUAGUGUGAAAAAUUCUAUCCAACCCACUGUCCCGCCCUCCUCCCCUUUAUUCCAGUCUGCUGGUGCUGAUCUCGGCCAAUCACAAUCUGAGGAGUGGCCACUAGAGGUGUCCCUAGGUUGUAAUGUAAACACAAUGUUUGCUUCAAAAAAGCCUGCAGGGACAUGCUAUACUUACCAGAACAACUACAUUAAACUGUAGUUGUUCUAGUGACUAUAGUGUCCCUUUAAAACAAGGCUACAAUUUUAAAAAGGUGAACAUAUCCAACUCACUAUUCUUACCAUUCUAAACAAUAUAUUCUCAUUUAAAUUCACUAGUUAUGGCUUAUUCUUAUAUUGUUACUCAGGCUCCUUGCAUUAGCAUUUUAUAUGCAAAUACUAUAUCACACCAUGGCCAUCACACAAAAGUUUUUAUUAGUACAAAAAAAACUAGAAGAGUACUUAUAUAGUGUGUCACAGGAACUUACAAACACAUGCAAUGAUUCUCCUAAAUCCAGUGACACCCCAAACUGUCUACAAUAUAUAACUAAAACAAUGCGUCAGGCUGAAACAGUGGGGCUGUGGUCUCCACUCUCUCUGCUAGUAAAUGAAGGUAACAUAUUAUGGUCUAAAUGGUUCAUUUGUAUCAUGUUUGCUGAUAAUUAGAAAUUGGGGUGUCAUUUAAGAGAAUUGUCAUUUUUUUUAUGUUCUUUUACACUGUUGAUCCAUAAGGCGGCAAAACAAUCGUAGCCAUUUCCAAUUAAGCCACAAAAAGGGAACCAAUUCCUCCUUGACUUCAUAAGCCUUUUUUUUUUAACCUGGGUUUUUCAGCCUCUUAUUAAUGCUACCACUAGAGAGUGUAUCUGUUUUUUUCUUACAAAUUUUGUAGAUCUUGUUGUAGCAUCCUGAUAUACCAAUAAGCAGAACCUUUAUACUUUCUUCUAUUAAAUCCAUGUAUUUUUUUCUUUCUCUUAUUCACUUUUCUUCUCUCUCCUUUACUUUCUAGGUUUUCAAAAACUUGUUGCCAUGCUAUUUUGGUGCAGACCAAUUCCUUCAUUCCUAUAUCUCUCAACAAUCUUCCAGGCAAUAUUACAAAUACUAAUGGAAAAUAAUUUCUUUAGGCCUUUACUUUUCCUGUUGGCAGUUUUCAUUUAUUCAGGAACGGACUGUGAAGAAUCAAAGCUAAACACAUUUUUAUUUGUUCCUUUGCAGAUCAUUUGUUUCUUAACGCAGAACCUAGAGCUACCGAAAGUAUGGAUCGACUUAGCCAGGCUGUAAGUUAUAAUCUUGAUGAGAUCUGUAUGCUAAGAAAUUACUCUAAAAUAAGCUAGACAGAAUUACUAUUAUUAAAAUGGGCAUUAUUCAUUUUACAAUACCUACUACCCCUUCUAAAAUAUUAAAAUAUAGCAAAGGACAGGUGAGAGGAAUUUAUUUAUUAUUGCCAUUUAUAUAGCACCAACAGAUUCCGUAGCGCUUUACAGUAUUAUGAGAGGGGGGGAUGUAACUAUAAAUAGGACAAUUACAAGAAAACUUACAGGAACGAUAGGUUGAAGAGGACCUUGCUCAAACAAGCUUACAGUCUAUAGGAGGUGGGGUAUAAAACACAAUAUUACAGGAAAUAGCAAUAAGUAAUAAUAGUAAUAGGAAAAAUAAGUAUGUAGUCCAAUUAGCAGCUCAGUCAAUAAAGAAUUGCAGAAGGGUAGAUGAAUAUGUUUUUAUAGUUUGAUAGAUGCAUGAUAAGAAUGUUUUCAUAAACAGAAAUGUUAGUGUUUUUUUUUUUUUUUUAGCAAUUAACAAAAUGCAAAGUGAACAGAAGACAUAUCUAAAUUAAAGUAAUAUUUUACUCUUUCCUUCAAAACUAUCAAUUAUUCUAGGUACACUUGCACACAGUUUUGUAAAGAACUCACCUGUUAGAUUGUUCCAAACAUCAGAACUAAUCACAGUUCAUCUGAAAACGUAGGCAGUCUCAGUUGCUUCAGCUUCUUCUUCAAUCCCAAACAGACCCUGUCAUGUUAAAAUCAGGGUUCUGUUGGGGGCCAUUACGUGACUUCCAGGAAAGCUUGACAUUUUUUUUUCCCCACCGAAUAUAAUUAACAUAUUUGGUUGUGGGGAUGGGGCCUAGCAAAGUUACAGCUCAGACGCCAUAUUGUACAGCUCCGUGCACAAACCUCCUAAAUUUACGAAAACCGGGAAAUUAUUGGCUGUUAACAGACUAAAAGUGCUUGCCACGAGUGGGGGAACAUCCGAUCCUGCUCAUGCCCUUUCAGUUCGGAUCGCUCACCGUGCCAUCCUGUAAGACCAGACGGAGGCUAAUGCCUAGAAGCCUGAAGGCCGCAGCCAGCCACGCCUAGCGCCUCCCAGACUGGAGCGAAUACUUACCUCCCUACCUGAGCGACCCCAACACUGCAACCAUGGGUCGGAAAACUCAGAACCUAAACCCGGCCCCACCAUAAGAGGCGAGAGAUAUCGGGGCACUCCUCAAAUGCACAAGGUCCAGACUGGCGGAGCACUCAGCUCAUUUAGCCAACAGAGAAGCCUCUGAGGAUGAAGAGGGGAGCGUCAUGGAAUUCAGAUCAGAAAGCACGCAACCCGCUACAGCGACAACAACAAAUGAGACCCACAGGCUGACACCUGCAACUAAACAGGACAUAUGAAACCUCUAUAAAAUAAAAUAAGAGAGGUCCAGGCAUCCCUGGAUGGAAGUGAGUGCAGUUCCAUACAUACUUCAAAAAGGAUAUGAGACUUCUAUGACAGAAUCAGACUGCUGUUUGACGCCCUAGUUAAAACUGAGGUCCAAGCAGUCACAGACCGCAUCCAGGCCACUGAGGAAGAUGUGAUUGACCUCAAGAAAGGCCUGGCAGCCCUGGGCGACACUGUGAAACAAAUGCAAACCUCGCACUCCUUCCUGACCCACAUAGUGGACACUCUGGAUGACAGGAGCAGGCGACAAAACAUCAAAAUCCGCAGAGUCUCUGAUGCAGUGUCCACAGAGGAAUUGCCACACUUCAUCAGACGGCUGAUAUCCACAGUCCUUCCCGCCAAGCGGGCUAAACUGCUCCUGCUGGAUGGGGCCUAUCAGGUUAACAGGUCCCCACAUGUCCCAACAAGCUCACGAAGAGACAUUAUACUCAAAUGCCAAUCCUUCACGGACAAGCAAAGGCUAAUGAAAGCUCACCAGGACAAGGCCCCCUUUGGACUUUGAAACUCACCAUCUUACUUUCUUUCAAAACGUCACUAUGUCCACGUUGCUAUGGAGAAAGGCUAUGCAGCCUAUAACUAAAAAGUUGCAAGAAGCUGGAGUGGCGUAUUGCUGGUCCGCAUCACGCAGGCUGAUGGUCCUCAAAGACGGGAAGACUUACACAGCAGCAUCUCCACCAGACGCCCCCCGCUUUCCUCAUGGGAGGCACAGAAGCUCCAGCGAGAACCCCAACCACCCUGCCCCCAUAGGUUACGAGUAAAAAUGAGAAACGGAGGCACCAAACAUUGUCCGCAAUCACACAUCGCAUCCCUAAGACACAUAUUCACUCUUAGGAAUCACACCGCAGGCUUAGCAGCCUUAUAUCAAGCUGCACAGCUCUCACACUGGGCUGUCCGACAGCAGCAAUAACGACAUAGAUGGUGGCCUCUAGUAUAGCAUCAGCAGGAAUCUGGUCAACACCCCUUUCCACACACACCAGAAAACAUUAUGCAUCCUUAUCCUGAUGAUUCCUUCCUUGUAUUCGUAAUUUCAUUUUUCUUUGUGUUAUGAAUAAAGUUGAGCGAAACCGAAAUGAAAAGUUAAGUUUUUUGGACCCCGGACCUGAACACGGACAUAUCACUGUAUGUUCAGGUUGGAGUUCGGAGAUUUAAUGACACGUUUUGAAAGGCCGCAGGGCAGCCAAUCAACAAGCGUUUGACUCGUGUGCCCUUAGAAGCUACUAAUGGCAUGGCUGUGAUUGGCCAGUGCAGCAUGUAGCUAGUCUAGCUAGUAGGGGCAUGUCUAUUAAACAGUGAGCAGCCUGUGGCCCCCGCAACGCGUGAGUGGGGGCUUUUAAACUAAAGGGGGGACCUAUUGCCCCCACCCCUGUGUGGCAGGUGGGGGCCCUAAAUAACAAUAGGGGGACGGACAUAAUGUCCUCCCCCCUGGCCCCCACCCCUGAGUGGUGGGUGGGGGCCAUAAAUAAAAAUUGGGGGCAGGACCUAAUGUCCUUCCCCAUGACCCCCACCCCUGAGCGGUGGGUGGGGGCCAUAAAUAAAAAUUGGGGGUGGGGUGGACCCCCACCCCUGCGUGGCGGGUGGGGGCCCUAAAUAACAAUAAGGGUGGGAUUGAUUAGCUUGAAAUCCAGCCAGAGUGCUCUGUGUCAUUUUACACAGCGUGGGAAAAGUCCAAAGAACUUUCCCACCCUGUGGAAAAUGACACAGAGCACUCUGAUUGGUGGAUUUCAAUCCAGCCAAUCAGAGUGCUGUGACAGGUAAAUUUAGAGAUUUACCUGUCAGAGCACUCUGAUUGGAUGGCUUAAACCCACCAAUCAGAGUGCUCAGAGCCUAAUUUAGCUUUAUAAGCCUUCCCCCGCCCUGCAGAGCUCAGUCUGCUCUCCAUGGGUGAAGAAGGAUUUUUUUUUUUUUUGCGCCUUUUCUUUUCUUUUAAAGUGCGUCCGUUAUUCUGGAUUUUUAUUUGGCCUUUUUUGGGGCUGGAAAAAGAGAUUUUAGAAGAAAGAAGACAUCAAAUGGUAAGUCUAUUUUUUUUUUUACAGGUAUUUAGACAAGGGUCUCCACUCAUUUUUAGUAUGAGGGGGGUAGGUAGUGGUAAUUUUUUUGGGGGGAGGGAGUGCCUAGGGGUUUGGGGACCCCUAGUCAUGUGGGGGUGGGGGGAUUUUUAUUUAUGGCCCCCACCCACCGCACAGGGGUGAGGACAUUAGGUCCCCCCCCUUAUUGUUACUUAGGGCCCCCACCCACCGGUCAGGGGUGGGGCAGGUGGGGAGGUCAUUAGGUCCCCCCCUUAUUGUUAUUUAGGGCCCCCAACCACCGCGCAGGGGUGGGGGACGUGGGGGAGGACAGAAGGUCCCCUCCCCCAAUUUUUAUUUAUAGCCCCCACCCACCGCUCAGGGGUGGGGGCCGGACUUAUCUGGUGUCCUGUUGGGCAUUACGUGAGAUUUGACUUGGGUCAUAGCGGCCUUCCAAACGCCGCUAUCAGACCAUAGACAGAUAACAGUUGGGGCAGUCCGGCUGUCUAUUCAUGUCUUGCUUGCUGCCCUGUUUCCUACUUCAAGUCAUUCUCUGGGAAGCGUAGGCAAGGUGAGUGUAGCAGGCAGGGGUAGCUAGACUCUGUGGAUCCCCCUCCACUCCAAGGCAUGCAAAGAACCUGUGCGAAUUGGAGCUUUCUCACCUGCCAGGCAGGCUUUAACUUUGGCUACUGUGUUCAUGAUCCAGCUCAUGUCUUCUUGCCUCUCUGGAAGACAGUCUCCCCUCAAGGCAGGUGAUGAUGGGCUUGUGCGGUCAGCAUCUUGAGAGGCUUGUUGGGAGACCCACGAGGUGGCAAAUGUCUCCACCACUCCAACACAUGCGGUCUGCUUUGGUUUUGGAAGUCUUGCAGGGAGUUCUCAUGCUAGCACCACGAAUGGGUGUUAUCAGACUUCAGGAUACUCUGUUUAUGCAGGUUACUCGUGCUGAUUAUAGUGAAACAGUGCAGGAGCUCUUAAAUAAUGGUCAUCUUGGGAAGUGGUCAGAUUAUGCACCAAGAAUUAAUACCGCUUUGAAGGCAAAUGGGUGGUAAUAUCUAAUAUUAGAUUUUUAUUUUGUUUACUCAUUUUGUUAAUUCAUAAAAAUAAAAUAUUAAUGCUUCUAGUCUUGAAAGCUAUUUUAGCUUACAGCAUCCUUUAAGAGCUGCAUUAUACAUUAUAAAAUAUAUAUAUAAAAAUGUUUCUAUAGUAUUUUAAUUUAUACAUCCAUGGAAAUGGCUAAAUAUAAAAUAAAAACUAUAUAAAAGUCAUAGGCUACCCAAAGCCUAUCUGAAUGUAGAUUUAGAGAAAGUUGGGGAUUACAAAUAACACAAAGUACGUAUCUCUAAAACUAAUGAAACCUUCUCACCUUUCCACAGGUAUCUGACCUUUCAUGCCAAGUGCAGGAGCUGAGGGAAGGCUUGCAUUCUCUCCGUCAAGCAGUACACUUGUCUCUUAUGCCUUGCAAUCCUUCAUCGUGCUUCCAUGGAGGAGACUUGCACACACAUUGUGGUAACAGUCCACAAUCUCCAGUAGAUGGAACAAGUACCUGCCCCCCACUUUACCACCCUCAAAGGUUAGAAAAGACUUCUCAGCUCUGUUAUAUACAUAACUCUUCUACAUGCACAGAGGGACAUUUUUCCUGGCUUUGGGCACCUCCUACCCCUCUAUGGCUGCAUUGCACAGGACACGAACAGAGAGACAAGAGUCAGUCAGGCUCAUCAACAAUGGACAUAGAUGAGACACCUGAUGUAGCGAUCAAGAGAGACUCUGCCACCUCUGAUCCCCACUCCCUGGAAAUGCAAUUCAUUCUUCCCUACAAAGGAGCUGGUGACAAUGACCCAGGCUGCUGGCCUAGGGAGGAAGGAACUGGGGUAUAAUAAAGUAGGAUAUCCAUAUUCCUCUCUCCACAAAGACUAUGUGAGCUUCAGGGAUGAUAAUCAAAAUGGCCACAUUAUCAAUAUAACACUAUUUCAGAAAUGUCUUCAAAAACGUUUGUUGGGGUAUUUUUUCCUUUUUUACAUUUUAUUGCUGAAUUUUGGAUCUGUAUAAGAAUGAGCCUUUUGAUGAACAAAAAAUUAAAUUAUAUAUAUAUAUAUAUAUAUAUAUAUAUACACACAUACAUACAUACACACACACACACACACACACACACACCAGAUCUUUCUUUACUAGCUAGAUUUUUCUGCAGGCAAAUGUUUCUUGCAUUGUAAGGUAACUAUAUUACACCACUGUUAUGAUUCAGACUUUUUAAAGCGACUUAUGUAUGAACAUACCAUGCUUGGAUAGAAUGUUUAAAUGUACAUGUGUGGGAUGUUCACUAAAUAGAACUAGAUUUAGAUGUUUGCUAGCAGAACAUGGACAUAAUUGUCAAAAGACAAAUAGGGUUGUCAGCAUGAUAGGGCCUAUUUUAUUCUCAAAUGGUAUGCUUUAAUUCAAAAUUGUAUUAGAGAGUGGCAUCAGAAAAAGUCAUUCCAUAUAUCAAAAUAUGGAUGAAUUACACAAACCAGUGACUAAGAAUACAAGUUAUGUCAAAAUGGAUAAGGGAUUCUGUGAAUCUGGAACUAAGCAAACAAUAUACCACACCAAUAAACAAAUCCGUUUUAACAUACAUAUUUCCUUUUCUGGUAAUACAGCUGUUAAAUUUAGGAGACACAAUAUUCCUGCAUUGGAUCAAACAAGCUCUUUCUAUAUACUACAUCUAUUACCAAAUAAUUUGUGUCUUGGACUGAUGUGUAGGAUUAUCAACUUAAUUUGGUACUUUUAUGCAUUACACUAUAAUCUGAUGAGGUAAUAAAAAAAAUACCAGUCCAAAAGUUUAUGCAAACUUGCUUUGUGCCACGACCUGUGUUUGCUGUUCUGUUAAAAGGAUUGUUAAUCUUUCCCAAGUAGAUUGCUGUAUUAUCCAGAACAGCAGUGAUAGAGCAGGACUGUAUGGAGUUGUUUCUUACAGCAAAUACUGUUUUGAAACCACUUUGGAUUUUUAGCUCAUAGCCUAAGGAAGUCUGGUUACACGUUGCAGAUGACAAGCACACCAUUGCAUCACUAAAACUACACAGGCAUGUGAACACUACUUUGCAUGGAAAAGAAUUACAUCCUACUAAGGCUAGACGUAUGAUUUAUAUUCAGCCAAACAUGUUCCUUUAUCUCAAAUUUUAAUAUGUGUGAAAGUUGUGCAAGUUCCUUUUUGUCCUUUAAGGUUUAUUCCAGUCUCAUUUGCAGUUAUUGUUUAGACCAGAAAUAGUGGACAAUUUUCCAUCUCCAUUAUUUUGGUUUAAAAUACAUUUUAUUUUUUUUAAAGUUUGUUUUCUCUUUGGUUUUUAUUGUAUGUAUUGGGGCUGAUGUGUGCUAUGGUAGUUGCUGCCGCCCAGAAGUAGUGCGAGUUUCAGCGCAGGACUUAAGUUUGUGUAAAAUAUAUAGUUUCCUUGUCAGUUUUGUGAUUCACAGUUAAGCAAAUCAAGUAUGAGUGGGCAGAUUAGCAGGCUCAUACAAACAUCUUCAUAAUCUACAUGGGAGUUGCAAGUCAAGGGAAUCCAAGAAGUCAACAUAUAUUUAAACAGAAUAUGUACUUUAAAAGGGACAUGUGUCACCUGAUUUUUUUUAAACCAAACAUUUUAAACAAAUACAAAAAUAAAAUAAAAAGUAUGUAAUAAGUUUAUAAACUUGACCAGAUUACAUUAUUGGGCAUGCCUCUCUGCUAAGAGUUUCUUCAACCCACCUCACACUUUGAGUAUUCCACUAAUGACAGAAACAGGGCAUCAUUGUGCAGCAGAAGGAGAUAGAAUCCAGACAACAGAGCCUGCUCUGCAUAAUCACACUGAUCAGACUCUCUUCCCAGUCAGAAUUUUGCAAGGUGAAGAGAUCUCUUAGCAUGUCCAGUGCACUUUUUUAGCAUUCCUAGGGAUAGGUCACUGAUUGGAGCAACUAAUUAUGUUUUGUGGGAUCCUUCUAUCUGCAGCAGAACAUUAAUGCAUUCUUUUCUCUAGAUGCAAGUAAGCUAAGCGCACCGUGACAUCAAGCAGUUUGUAGAAUUUGUUUGAUUUCUUUAUUAUAAUAUACCUUAAGAAUCCCCAGCAUGAUUUGUAAUAAUUUACUUCAUGUUGGGAUGAUUUUUUUUUAAAUCAACUGGGUGCAUGGUGUAAAAAGAUCAUGCACUUUUAUGUUGUAGUCU